CCGCGAACCGGUCAGUGUCGAUCGCACGCCGUCGAAACCGCCGCCGCCGUGUCGCGACUCUCCGCGAACACGCCGAAUGUACAACGUUGUUAUUUCGUUACGUUUAUCAGCGGUUUUUUUCUUAUUAUUAUAAUUAUUUAUUUUUUUUUUUCCCGCUUAUUCCGCGCGAAUUGUCGACGGACCGUAUACCAGCUAUAAGUCUAUGUACACGUAGAUAGUAAAUUUAUUUCGAUUGUUUAUAACGUCGUAAUAUGACACACGCGCACGCGCACGCAUUAAUAUCCCCGGAAAACAGGUAUCCGCCGAUGCCUAUGACGAUAUUAUAAUAAUACACGUAAUAUUAAUCUAAAACCGAGCGGAUAAUAUAAUAAUAAUAACAGAAAAAAUUUCCACGCCGAGUGCGCCGCAGCGGGUCGGUAUCCGUUUUCUUCGUUGGUCAUAACCUAUACUACAUCCGUUACUGUUGGCGUUGGUUAUCGUGAUACAUCAAUAUAACGACUGUACAUAAACACACGGAAUGAUGUCGUCGCCGGCGGCAAGCGCGACGACGACGACAGACACCGCGACGGCGGUGGCGACCGCGACGUAGGUAAUAACCGCGCGGUGUACGAUAAUAAUGGUCACGUGAGAGAAUGCCGCGGCCGUGCAGAGAGACGUACGGCGACCAAAAGCCGCCGUACAGUUACAUAUCGCUGACGGCCAUGGCCAUAUGGAGCGCGCCCGAAAAAAUGCUGCCGCUGUCCGACAUUUACAAGUUCAUCAGCGACCGGUUCCCGUACUACCGGAAGAACACGCAAAGGUGAGUCGGCGAAUAAUAUUAUGCAUAGGUACACCGCCGAAAACGUGCGCGUGGCAAGUGGGAAAAAAAACGGGAGUGGGGGGGGUGUUUCAAAAGUCGACCUUGCCGACGGGAGAGCACACGAAUGCGUACACAAUAUCGUGUGAUCCGUCACGUAUAUUUUGGCUUCUACAUUUCGCAGCCCCCGGAACACUGCCGCCCCUACGCACAUAGGCGAUUCGGCCGAGUUUCCACCGUUACACCGUGUCCCGUGUAUUUUAUAUCGCUCGCCGUCCGUGUAUUUUACGAAAUCCACUAUCGUAAUCGUUAUAAUUUUAGCGGCUGUGACAUGACCAUUAUUAUUUUUUUUUUUUUACAUUACACGAAUGAAAUUAUCGACAAUUCAGCGCAGAACCCUACAGUCCGUUUCGCGUUACUUAUUCGGGGCCGCGUCGAAAACGCCUGCCGCGCGUUCGGCGUCCGCGUAAAAUACAUCGCAUAAACACCGCGGUACAAUAUACCGCGGUUACCGGCGGUGCACAGGUAAUAACCGCAGCGCGUCUGCCGAAGUCUAUGUACCGUGGCGGCAAUACCGCGAGCGCGCGCGCCCGAUUACACGCGUCUAUUGUCCGCGCGUAUACCUAUACGUCCGAUAGGUGCCGGCCCGUCACCCAUCCGAAUUCUCGCGCGCUCGUGUGGAACGAAUCGACCGACCGUACCGUGUCAACGGCGAUCUGCUCAGUACCUAUAUAGUCUCACCCUGUACAUUUAUAUAUAUAUAUAUAAUACUAGCUGUCCAGCGCCCGCGUGCCAAUUUUCCACUGUUAUCAUUCCACUCGUAUUCGAUUUUGGUUAUGGUCGUGUCAGAAUUGAAUGAAAACAAAUAGGCGUAAAGUUGGAUGGUCCGCCUUCGGCGGGCCAUAUGUGCUCUUUUGCGAAAUGUUUACAGUGCAAAUAAUAGCAACAAUAAUAAUUAUAAUAGUUUGUCUUUUCCGUAACACCAAGGUGAACCUCGAGUGAACAAAAAUAAACAAACAAGCAAUUAGAAAUCCGUACCAAAUAUACCUAAAAACUCUUUAUUUUAUCCCCAUUAGGGGAUAUCCCCAUUUUCAAAAAUAAUUUCUAAACGAAUGCCUACGUCAUAAUAGCCAUCGGUGAGCCGAAUUUCAGCCCGGUCCGUCCAAAGGUUCGGGCUAGGUGAUGACGAAUCAGGAAAAUAGGUACAUAAUUGCGGAAAAUUGCGUUCAAACGGAUUUAUUUGUGUCUGCAGGGCCGUAGUGGAGGGUAAACGCCGCAUACAUUCUGGUUACGGUCGUAUAUACUCUCUGUUAUAGUGAAAUCGCGAAAUAUAUUAUAAAAUGAUAUCUAUAGGCAUUGUUUAUUUUCAUUUUUGGUCGAUUGCGAAAACAUCAGUUAAUUCACUAUUUAUAUACCCCUCUGCUAAAACAUCAGGUUAGACAAUGCACUCGCGGACAUGACACUUAUUGUACUCAAUGAUGGUAUAUGGUUAUGACUUAUAGUAUACACCCUCUGCUUUUUUUUUUUCUUACGGCUUCAGCACUACGUGUCUGUAUCGUCUGUGUAUGCGUAUGCUGUGCGUACAGGUAUAUUUUAUUACGUUAAAUAAUAUUAUCCUGUAUACGCGUCGGUACCUAUAAUAUCAAUAUAAAAUCGUGUACUGUAAAUGUGUUAUAUAGAUAUAAUACAUUUAAAACAUAAUGAUGUACUGUAGUGUCCACGGUGGUGUUCCCAUUAAUUUCGUUGCUGCGGGGAGUGUACACUAUAACACGUUGUGUCUCGUGCACAUGAAGUAUUUUUCACAUUUAUUAUGGUUUAUACUUUUUUUUUUUUUCCGAGAAAAUAUAUACAUUUUACGAAAAAUACAUUACAAUUAACAAAAAAGAACAUUCGAAAUUUUUUUUUUUUUUAAGUACCAUAAACCCGCAAAAAAAAGUCCAUUUUUCGGUUAUAAUCACUGAAAUAAUUAUUACCAUUUCGAUUUUAGUAGCGUAUAAAGUGGUUUAUGAGAGAGCAAUGACAAUAAUAUGUAUCGUGACAAUUUUUUUGUUUUAUCUAUUCAUAAUUGAGAGUAUACCCGCGAAUUUUCAUGAAACUAUUGAGAGUAUACGGCGUUUGUGUAGUAUAAUACCCUAUGAGAACCCUACAGUACAUUCUAAAUACACGCGUUUUUAUUUUAGAGAGUCUUCACAGUUUUAUGUGAUCGUAUAUGGAUUCGCCAUUAAUCGCUUUACGAAAUAUUUAUUAUGAAAUAUACAAAUAUUUGUUAAUGAUAAAAAAAUACGAAUUUUAAUGUGAAGAUAUACAUUUUUGAUUAUUUAUUGUAAAAAGUGGAAAUUCGAGUGAUGGUUACUUUUAAAAUUCGAUUAAGGAUUAUAUAUAUUUGAAUGAUUCGUAUUUCGUCUCACGCAUAUAAAUUCGACGACCCUGUAUAUAAUUACUCGCACUCUCGUGAAUCAGUUAGGUUAACUAAACCUAAGUACAAGUAUUGCAUAUAAUUGCGUUAAUAUGAUAACAGUUCUAUAAAAGGUGCCAUAUGAACUCUAAAACACUAAUAUAAUUAAAUUAUAAGUAUGUUGUGAUAUCUUUUAACUUAUUCCCUGUACUUAUUCAUGUAUACAAUUUAAUAGAUAGAAAAUAUUAUUAUAACAGUAGCCGCACUAAGCGGGAAAAAAUAUAAUUACUAAUCGUUGUAAAUAAUUAAUAAAAGGAGGCGAAUUAUAAUAGUGUAAAAAUGAAUAUUUUACUAACGUAAAAAGCAUUUUUUUUUUUUUUAAUAAUUAAACAGCAGCUAUCACGAAUUAAUGAAUAGAAGGUUUGCAUUAUACAUCUAUAUAAAUGUAUAGGUAUUAUAUGAAUAAGGGCAGUAUAUUCGGUCUCGGGGGAAAAGGGCUUAAGCCAAAAACAUUAAAACAAAUUUUAAAAUUAAAAAGGUGCACACAAACUACGGAAGUUAUAGAAUUAUGGAAAAAAUUAUAAAAAAAAAAAAACGCCAAAAUCAGUUCAAGCUCUUCUUUCUUUUUAACGUCAUAUUUCGGCUUUUGCCCGUACAAACCUACUUGAAUGAGACCAAUUUUAUUCGGGCAAAUCUGUGACGUCUAUAAAUUUAUAUUAUAAACAUAUUUAACAUAUUAUUAUAUUAACAAAAAUUAAUCAAAAUUACAACAAAAACUAGAAGUAUUAAAAUUAAAUAUUAUAUAUUAUUUGGUACAUUGAUAAAAAUUAAUUAAAAUUAAAUAUUACAUAUUUGUUUAUUUGUUGCUGCACAUAUUCGAACUAUAACCUAACGUAUUGGUAUAUUAUACAUAUAGUUGUACAUACAGAUAUGUAAUCUCUGAUUCGUGAUAGAAUACUCACCCCGCAUAUAACAAAUACUGAAUCAAUGCCUGAACGAUUUACGUAUACGUUUAACCAAUAAAAUAAUUAUGUUCAUUGGGCAUUUAUAAGCGUACUAAUUUUACGAAAUAAUAAGAAUACACACGCGUAUAGAUAUAAAAAAUAACGUUAAUUUCAAAUUGUAAACCAACCGUAUAUCAUGUAUAUGCGUAUAUUGUAAUAAUAAAAUUACAAAAAAUAGUUUUGAUGAACAAAAAAAAAAAAAACAAUAUACAAAUAAUGUCCAUUAAUACAUUGCCAUUAUUAUUGUGUUUUUUAUUGUUUAUAUCAUUAAAUUUGUUAAUGUUAAAUCAAAAAAACAAUAAUAUACCAAUUGUAUUGUAUAUGUAUAGUAUGCACCAAAUCGAUCAUCAUUGUAUCCGUAUACAAUAUUCGACAAUUGAAUACGGCGGGCCCGGUAUGUUUGAAAUUUCAAUAUUGGUAUAUUCCUUUUUAAUAUUUGUUGCACGCAUAAUAACACAGGUACAGUUUUAUGGCGGCUAUAUGCAUUUUAAAUGAUGGUUUAGGAAUCAUUUUUAUAAAUGCUAUACUGCUACGACUAUAUAAUACCGCCCAAUAAAUAAUGGUGAUGAAGGUCGAGGUAAUGCGAAAAUAUUCAACACUUCAUUAAGAAGUUAUUAUGCUAAUUAAAAGAAAAUUUAAUGAAAAAACUUCGGUUAAAAGUAACGAAAAAUAAAUUUAAACCUUGAACACGUUAACUCGAUUACAGGAUAUUUUUUUAGGAAUGUAUUUAUUGUAAAAAGUUCAGAUAGUACCUAAAUAUAAUGAAAACUACAUUAGUAAUUACCGACAAUUAUAUUCAACUUAAACUUAGUUUGAAAAUUUAAAACGCAUUGUUUAACUAGUGUUAACUUAUUUUUGUGGAAUUUGUGGAAAUAAAAAAAUAUAUAUAUAAUUUAUUGUAUGUAUAUUUAUUUUUUUAUAAUUCAUUACAUAAUAUCAUUGACAUAAUCCUGACGUAAAUUUCAUGUUAAUUAUAUUGUCUAAGGAAUUUCUACAGAAAACAAAUUAUCAGAAUCAUCAAUUUAUUUAUUAUUAUUGUAUUUUUUAUUUUUUUUUUUUUUUUUUUUUUAUUAAUUAAGUAUAAAGAGAUAAAAAAAAUAAGAUUAAAACAAUAUGCGAUUAAAAAAGUAUAAAAUUAAUAUUUCGAAAAAUAUUUAUUUUUUUUCUCGCGAAACUAUCUGAAACCGAAUUCAUUAAUUAUAAUAUAGAUUACACAUAUACAUGGUAAUACAUACGUAAUAUUUGAUUUUUUUUUUUUUUUUACAUCGAUAAACCCAUAUAUGCAUUAUUAUAAUACGCGAAAUGUUCAUAAUUAAAUAUGGAAAGCAGCUGAACUAAUAAUAUGAUAGGUACAUGCAUGGCGCAUGCAGAUUAUACUGUGGGUAAUCGAAUAGAUUAAACACUAUUAUAAUAGCGAAACAAACGGAUUUUGCAUUGCAAUUAUACCAAUAUAUAACACAAUAAUAAGGUAAUGCAAUAAUAUUAUACAAUCAAAGUACUAAUUUUUUUCCCGGGUGUAAUAAAAAAAAAAAACCUCAUUUUUUUUCUAGAACAUUAUAUUACUGUAUAUUAUGCAUAAUAUAAUAUAUAUUUUUUUAAAUCAAUGAAACAAUUUGUGCAAGCGACGUAUUAUGAUUUGAUUAAUGUUUAAAACUAAACGCAUUCAAAACCCUGUUUUCAUUUCUUUUUUUCUUUUUUAAAGAUAUUGUAUACGAUCGUCGUCGCGCGCGUAUAACGCACAUCAUCAGAAUACAGAAGAUGGCGUUUGAGGUCGAAUAAAAUAAUAUGUUCAUUAGAUUAAAAAAAUAGAAAAGUGUUAGUAUUAGGUGUGUACUAUUAUAUCGCGUGUCGGUUGAGGACAAAUACCUCUCCGACCCGAAUCACUAAUAAUAUAACAGAUACACGUAAUAUGCAUAAUUACUAUAGAUACAUGUAUACGUACUUACGUACCCACUGCAGUGUAUAGCGUAAAAUACGAUUGUUAUUGUAUUCGUAAAAAUAUAUUAAAAAAAAAAAAAAAAUAAUAAUAAUAAUAAUAAUAAUAUAUUUGUAUUCAUACGCUCAAAUGGAUAAAGAAAAUCCCAUUAUAUUCUACUUUGCAGUCGAAUACAUUAUCGCGGUUAUGGACAAUUUAAAAAUCGUGGAGCCGUGUAGAGGGUUGCCUAUGCAUUUGCCGAGUUACAAUAAUGAAGCGUAGUACAAAUUCGAAAAAUACCAACGAGACCACGCUAUAUAAAUAUAUUGUACGCAUUUAAUGUUUCGGUCUAAUCGAAACGGGUAACAUGUUUAACAAAAUUACGUUGCUUAUAGACCGUACACGCAUUGUGACGUUUAAGUUUGAAAUUAGAGAGUUUGUGUAAAUAUACUGUUGUGUGUACGCGACUAUAGUUUCAAGCACAGUAAGCAUAAUUAAUUAUAAUUAUAAUUGGAAUACAUUAAGAAUACGGCCAGAAAGAAAUAUGCCGAGAUGACAAAAUGACAACCUAUAUAGGACAACGGUGACUGCGUGGACCCGUGGCUGCGGGUCAAUUUUCACGAGGUUUGAAGAACGGCAGUCGCAGCGAUUGUCGAUUGCUUUGUUAAAACCUAAGUCAAUUUCAAUAUAUUUUAAACUGUUUCCGUGCUUAUUUUUCUUUGUUCAAUGUUCAUACUCGUUUUAUUUUACUUUUAAAAUUUAUUUAUAAGAAUAUUUUUAUUUUAGAGGCGUACUGAGACGUCUGUGACAAUAUACUACUUUCUCAACGUAGUCAGAUAGUUAUAUAUCACGUCCAGUACUUGUUAUCGUGGUCAGUUAAGAUACAAGAUAUAGUAAAUUAUAUUCCGGGUUAGAUAGAUCUAACUCGAACAUCCAGUACUCGACACCGUGAUCAGUUUUCCGAGUGCAGAGCGACUUUAAAGUUAUAUUUUAUAAAUCCUGAGGGUUUUUAAUCAACCAUUCUUUUCUGCAGUAGGUACUCGUUAUCGUGAUGGUCACCAAAAGAGCGGAUUGUUUUAGUUCCUUUUUACAACAAGUAUGGAUAUUUACUCGUUUGACGGUCUGGGGAUUGGAAACCGAGAAUGUCUGUUGCAUACGUCAAGCCUUUGCGUAGACUGACCUUAACUAACUUACCAGUACUCGUUAUCGUGGUCGUUUAGAUAAGGGGUCACAAUCGAGAGUAGAUAAUCGGUGUUAGAAUGUCAAUGUGCACAAUGAUAUAAUAUUCUCUUAGCCGCUCGGUUAGUAAAGCUGAUUACCGAAGGUUUUGGGAUUCGUUUGAAUACUUACUGCCGUAUGCGUCCAAGGAAGAAUCUUGCGCAUACGACAAUACAUAUAGGUAUACUUAUACCAAAAUAUGAAUUUAUAAACAAACCCAUACAAUUUUCAUCACCUCUGAAGACUAGAUCUUAUUGAUGUAGCAAUCCAUUCUAUUAUUUGCUGCUCUCUUCUGGUUUCUGAUUUGUGUAAGCAUUUGGACGAAAGUCCUUUUUCGUGUCGUUUUCAGUUUUCCUUUGUUUUUUCUUCUAUUAACCUUCUUUCAAAGAUGGUCUCUAGAAAUGUGUUACGUUAAAUGAUGUGACUGGCUGCUAGUGUUCUUCGUGAUACAUUUUAAAAUAUUUCACAUUUUUGUUGAAAAUUGUAGUAGAUCUCCAACCUUUUUAUUUUAGUAGCUAACCGAUACGCUUUGUCAUUUAAACUAAUUCAUAGCAUGGCAGGCCGGUUGGAAAAAAAAAUAGUUAGCCCCUCUAAAUUAGAUGAAUUAAUUUUCUACAUUCUACAGAUGUUUUUUAAGCUCAAAGCUAAAGGUAAGGAGACCAAAAAUAGAAUAUAGUUACAACCUAGAUAAAAUUAAAUUUUACAGAAAUAGUUUGAUUAGUAUUAAGAUCCAAUUAAAAAAUCGUUUUGAACCCCACGUACCCAAUUUAUGAAUUUCUAAAAUCAGAAAAUAUUCCUCGGAAUUUCACUAAAAUUGAUAAUUCAUUAAGAAAUAAAAACAAUAUAGAAUCAUGAACAUUUGACCAAAAUUUAAUUUAACUUAAAAUAUAAAAAAAUAAACACAAGAGAAAGUGGAUACUUAUUAUUUUAGGUAUAAAUAUUAUUUCAGGAGUAAAGGUAAAAAAGACGAACGUGUUUCGCAUGAUAGGUAGGACACUGUUGUAGGUAAGAAGUUGGGAAGGUAGUAUAUAGAGAGAAAUUGAAUUUAUGUCAGUACGCAACAAUCAAACAUUGCUAACGAAAAACAAUUCAGAGAAAAGUUUCUUUUAAACCUGUACGUACAUUAUUUCUUAUUUUGUCCCAGUUAUUAUAAAAACCGCUUGGAAAAUAUAAAAAUUACCUCUUGUAUGUACCAAGUAGAUAAAAUUUCAUUUCAGAAAAGAUACUACACUUUUUACACCAGAUCAAAAUUUUCGGUAAAAAAUAUGUUCGCAGAAAAAAAAAAAUUUAAAAGAAUAAUUUUAAGACCGAUCUACGUUCCUAGCUACGCCCUGAAUAUAAAAGUAACUUAUCAAAUUUAAUUUAAUUAUUUAAAGAGUGACUCGUAAAUUGAUUUUUAUUUAUUAUAACUUAACUUUUAAUUCUUGUCCAGCUUUGUAAAUUACUCUGUUUAUUACUCUGUAUAAAAAAAUUAAGCUAAAAAUCGAAAAUAAAUCGUGAAUUUAGAAAUGCUAACAUUUACACAGUUAUUUCCGAUGUGUACCUGUUUACUGUAAACCAUAAUAUUGUUUUAUAAUAGACUACGUAUAAUCUAUCGUAUAUAUAUAUAUAUAUAGAUUACGUCAUAGGCAAAAUAGCGAGCAAUCAAUUUAAAUUUUUUUUUCCUUAUACUAUUAUCUCCGUCUAAUAUUUACCUUGUUAGGCUAGGUCGAUAGUUUAGCUUUUAAUACAUAUACUACUUGUAUAAUAUAUACCUACUUUAUUCUAUAUAAAUUAUUACAUUUUUUAAUGAAUAAAUGGAAUCAUUAAUAAACUGAUAAUUUUCAUGAAUAGCAGAUUUUUGUUAUUCUGUAUUGAUUAUUCCUGAAACACAAUAUAUUUAACUAAUCGCAGUUGUACAAUAAUAUGAUAAUAAUAAGCUAGUUGUAAUAAAUUUUAAUUAUUGAUGCCGAUUUGUUCGGUAGUUAUUUUUAAUUUAAAAUAUUUUUAUAUGCAUAGAUAAGACAUUAUAUUUUAUACAGUUUUCAUUAAAAUGUGCUCGGUGUUGUGUUUUCAAAAUUUUAAAACUAUUAUCAAUUACUACAUUGAAGAUUUUUCGACUAAUCUACUAUCAAUUCUUUUUUUCCAGUUAACCCACAGCAAUGGAGAAUCAGUUUUUCACAUUACUACCCCACUACUGCCAUCGUUUAUUAAUGAGUAUAACUAAAUGUUUUGUAAAAUCCUUUUUUUCCCUUCGCGAGGCAGGCUCACAUGAAUAAAUAGACUAAUUAAUACUACGAUGAGAGGUGAGCAGAGAGCCCUCGUCACAUCCUAAACCCAAUACCCAUUUAAAGAGAAGCAGUAAUCAUUGUAACUUAUGGAUAACCUAUUGUCAACAUAACAUUUUCGAAACAUUGCAUUUUUAAUUGAUAAACAACAAUAUUCUACUGACCGCAAUGAACUUCAAAUUUUUAUCUGAUUCUAAAUAAUUUUAUAAAAAUGUUUUAAAAAAAUUUUGUUUUUUUUAAAGUCGCUUUCCCUAUAAUGUUUAAGAUAAAAAUAUUGAUUAUUAUAAACUCAAUGGGGCCAAAUAAAAACAACCAUUGAAACCGUUAAAAUAUUAAGAAUCGUUUAUGGCUAUUAUUCAAGGUUUCUGCAGCCAAUUUAAAAAAUAAUACCUUUUUUGAUACACAAUAUAUAAUUUUCUGUAUAAGAAAUGUAUUAGCUAUCAGUUAUCAGUGUUUGAUAACUAUAAAUCUGUCAAUUUUAUCAUCUUAAGGUUAUAUUUUAAGUGAGGAGUUUCCUUUUAUGUGAAAAAACGGGCCAGAUACUAUAAACCAAACCAAUUCUGUAUAAAUGGUGGGUAGAAAGAAGCAGUGAUAUAGAAUGUGGACUUACAUGGCGAGGAAAUCAUAAUAAUAAUCAUAUAAAAGCAAAUUUUAGGGCUUAAAAUUAAUAAUUAAUGAAUAACUCUUGAAAAGUAUAAAUAUAUAACAUUUUAUCAUAACAACCUUAUACAUUUUCUUUGCGAAAUUCAAAUUAAAUGAAAACAAAUUAACGGAACAUUUGAAAUUUAUAAUUGACAAUUGAUAAACGUAUACUUUUACGCUGCAAUCAUUACAGAAAAUAAUUAUUGAACGUUUUAAUACUCUUUGGAUUAAAAAUAUUUAGGAAAUUACAAAUAUACUAUGACCUACCAUUGAUUAAGUAACUAAUUUGUUUAAAUACCUAUUUAAAAUUAUAAAAUUGAGAUAAAAUCUAGACGUUUAAUGGAAAUCGACCAGACUUAAAAAUUUAACGUGACGUCCAUUAAAAAAUUGGUACCGGUCGUACGAAUUUUUGGUCACACUAUAUACUUAUACUGUACGUAUAAUUUCCGUUAAAAAUCACGAUCUGGAGAAAUUUCAAAAUCUAAAAAUCCUUGGUAAAACUUAAUUAUAAUUGACAGAACUUCAAUUGAAAUAUGCGGUUUAUGACAUUUUACAUUUAAUCACAAAAAAGAUUUUAUUUUUUGAUUAACUGAAGGCCUAAAGGAUUUUUUUUAAAUUCAUAAUAAUAUAUUGUAAAUCGUGUAUUACAAAUAUAUUAUAUGAAAUAACACAUAAAUUAUUAUUAAUCUCACAUCUGCAUAGUUUAUUACAACGUUGCAUUUAGUCUCGUUUAAAAUAAAUAUAUUAUACAACAUUGGUUCGCGUGCACGAUAUGCAUAAAAUAAAAUCAUCAUAAUAAAAAAAAAAAAAAAAAAAAAAACGUACAUUGAUCUUAAAUGCAGAAAACUGAAAGGUCGAAUAAUAUUGCAUCGUAACGCCCAUUUAUUUAACUAUAUCGAAUGCAAUGAUUGCAUAUUAUAUAUUUGUGUUGAUGAAAAAAAAAAAAUACCUAGUAAUAGUCAUGAAAAACGAUAUUGUUUUUCUGUGUAUUAUAGUUAUAUUUAUAAUAGAAAUUGCAUAGAUACAUUUUUUUAUUUAAUGAUUAAAAAAAGGUCAUAAAGACCAUUAACGUCAAUAUUUGCCCGGUUUUAUUAUUUUUGUUAUUUGAAUAGCUCGGUUUUUUAUUAUUGAAAUUCACGAGAAUUAUAAUAAACUCUAUAUUUAUAUACAUUAUACAUACAUAUAUCUAACCUGCGUACCUACGUAUUCAAAUUGGUUAACUAAACAUUUAUUUGACCUUCGCCAAUAACAGAUUUUGUAGAUGAUUAUAAUACUGCUAAGUGUGACCGUAUAAUAUUAUAUAGUUUAGGUUCUAUACAGUUAUAUGUUUCGCAAUCGACUUUUUAAUUCGAUCACAGGAACAUAUUAAAGGCGAGGGGACAGAGAGACAUUGGGACCGGGCAACACAUUUCAAGGGAGCGCCAUAAUAUCUUUUAAGAAAUAAUAAAAAAGAUCUUUUAAGAAUAUUAACUCCAUCUAAAAUUAUGCACUCGCUUAGCGAGGAUUAAAACGUGUAACUUGUGUUUGGGUACAUGGGUACAAUGGGUAAUACAUGGAUGGUAGCGAUCGGUUCGAAGCGAUAUUAUAUUCAAAAAUUCUAAUAUAGUCUUUUUGAUUAAAAUUAAUUUCAACCCGGUUUACCUGAUUCGGAGGAUAAACUAUAUACUAUUGUAAAACGGAUUCCGAAUCCCUAAGAAGUAUAAAUUUAUAAGAGGAUCAAGAACCCGUAUUAAUGUUAGCUUUAUGUUAUUCGCCUUCCUUCUGUAAUAAUAUCGCCUAUAAUAUAACAAUCUUUCAUACUAAAUUUUUUUUAAAUUUUUUUUUUAAAUAAAUCACUUUUAUAAUUGUAUGUUAUACAAGUAUACAACGAUAAAAUAAUAUACUCAACUUCAAAAAAUUAAUAAAUAUGGUUUUUUUAUUCAUACAGAUAUUUGCAUGGUAUUACACGUUUUUUAUUUCAAAGUUUGAAUGAUCUACAAAAGUGGAUAUUUUAAUAUUGGUAAAUUAAUCUCAUAUUAUAAUUAAACUUAUUUGUAGAUUCUGAUUGUAACAAGGAAUGCAUUUUUUAAUCAUUAUGAUGUAUGCGAUAUUAAUUUUUUUCUGCCUGUCUGCUUAUUAACAACUUAUCUACCAGAAAUCUAGACACUUUUUUAAUGAAUUUUAAAUCUAGUUGAUGUAUUGAGAAAUAAUUUUUUUGAUUUUUUAAACGUUUUUCAUAACAAUGGAGACAAAUUUAAAAAACGAAAAAUUGUACGGUAGUAAACAUUUUAGUAUUUUCGGUUGUAUUUUUCAACCAAAAAUCUUACUCAGAAUUUCAAGAGUUGUAUAUAUUCUAAAAGAAAAUUUUGUCUACUGUCCGUGUAAGAAGAUUGUUUUUUUUUGAUUUUUGCAUUAGUUUUCUUAAUAAUUUGGAAAAACGGAAAAAAUAUUGCUUUGGCUACAGUUUGAUUAUUUUCGAUUUGUUUUUUUUGUUGUUUUAAUACGGUUAAAAAUAAUCGUAGAAACUUGAAAUUUGUUUUCACAACAUUUUUAUCUUGGCCUUUUCUAGUCUUGGUAAUAUUUUCUAAACAUUCUGGCGAUUUUUGAGACAUUUAUAGGUAUUUGACAUUUUCUAGUUUUGUUUAGUUUUUAUAUUAUGGUUUUGUGUGAAUCGAAUUGUUUGGCCUAAUAGAAAUGCUUGAUAAUUUAAUACAAUUUCUUUGUACAUUUUUCUUAAAGGUAAAUAAAAGUUCAAAUUUCGACAAAAACCAUGAAAACGACGACAUUUUACAACAUGUUUAACCGAACUUCGCUCAGAAUCAUAUUUUAUUAGCAAUGAUUUAUCGUUGCGUACAAAUAUAAAUCAAAUAAAUUUAUAUGCAUUCUACCUUACAAACUUCCUACCUACAACAGAGGCACACCCAUCAGCAGUAUCACUAAAUAUCAGUUCUGUUUUUUUUGAAUUCAUAUUAUUAACACAUUUGUUUAUCGACAACUUUAGUUAAACCUAGUGUUAUUUGCGUAUAUUGUUAUAAUUACAUAUUUGUUUACAAUACACGAUGACUACUCGAAUGAUUAAUGUUUUAAAAUGGGUCGAUAAACGAUAAUAGUGCAGUGCAUCACAUUGAAAAAUAUAAGAUUAUAGGAAAUUAUAUGAUGACGAAUCGAUGUGAUAUUUUUCAUAUUUUCGUUAUGCAUGAAUAAUUGUGAUAUAAUAACGGAAUUUUACUACGAAAAAAUCUAUUUCGAUUUAUGAUGUGUCUAUAAUAUCCACAUUAUACACGUAAACAACAAACCUUAUAAUGUUCCAAGGCGUAAAGGGUUAUCGGUUAUAUUAUAGGCUAUUCGGAGCUUGUGUCAAUACGAGAUAAAUUUUAUCGGACCACCAGAAAAACUCUCAAUAAAACAUAAUAUAAUCAUGUUCUAUGUUUCGUUAUAUUAUUAUUGUAAGUUUUUUCGAUUUUUAAUUUUCUUUAAAUGUUACUGUCUAUGUAAGUACCACCUAUAUAACUAGUAUAAUAUAUAACUGAAUAGUAAUAAAUAACUUAUACGUAUUAUAACUAGGGUAAGAGGCUUCUACAGCAUUUGCAUAUUAUUUUUGAAAGAAUAAAAAAAUAGCAGAGACAAACAUUAAUACGUUUCGUCAUUUAAGAAAUAUAAAUAUUAAGUUUUAUUUGUCAUAUAUUCGCAUAUUUUAGAGUUUUGAUUUUUAGAGUAUAUUUUAGCAGUACGUAGUAUUUAAGUGGGGUUCUACCAAAAUGUCCAGAGUUAAAAAUGUCCGGGGGAAAAAAUGCCCUAACAUUUUAAUAUGGCUAUUUCGUCUAAAUCACUCUGAUACGAAUGAUCUCUGACUAGUUUUGGGUUUUUGUUGGAUAAAUCCGUAGUUAAAGCGGAAUUGCAGUUCAAUCAAUUUCUUUUCCCGCAUUGCCAACGUAAUGUGGUCAGUGGCGUAUUUUAGGUUUUUUUUAGGAGGUCUUCUGACCCCUGGUAAUAAUUUGUCUCCAUAAAUAAUACUAAUAAUAAUAAUAGUAAUAAAUUAGUUAUACAUCGAGUUUUUAGUAUAACACUUCAAUAAAUAAAACAUUUUAGAGUAUAUUUUAGUGCAUAUUUGCACGUUUUUUGCACGAGCUAAAAGUCUUCGAGCUUAGUUAUAACAAAGCAACAAAAUUACAAAAUUGCAAGACUGUGUAGGUAUACACUAUAUAAGCGUUUUAUAACUCGAAUGCAAUUCGACAUCGUUCUAUAAUACCUUAUACGAACAUCCCCACGUAAUCUGAAGUGGAGAUAUAUUUUUCUGAGCAGCUCUUUAGUUGUAAUAAUAAUAAAAUAAUAUAAUCAACAGCUAUUAUGUACGUAUUAAUAUAUUAUAGGUAUAAUAGCUGUAUAAACCAACUAUGUAUGCGAAGGGGGUGUAAGUAUGUUAUAUUCCCGGCCCGUUCGAUUUAUUCUGUAUAAUUACAAUGUUCCCGCAAUUAACGGUCACGGAUGAUAAUAUGGUUUUAAUUACGAGAUUACCGCGAUUAGCAUAAAAUCGAUUGAAAUCCAAUACGGGUACACCUCCAGACCGCGAGUUUCAAGUAACACGCGUCGUAAUAUAUUAUUAUAAUAUUGUGUUAUCUAUAUACUCGUAUGUAUAUAUUAUAUAUUAGAAGAUCUAAUCAGUUAACGGAGCAUUGUAACCUCUCCUGCGAGUGUGACCGUCCAAUAUACACGCCUGAGCUUAUAUUAUCGAUAUUAUUAAAUCCGACUUAAAAACUAUACCCGUAACAUUAUAAUAUUAUAUUCGUUUCUGAUGCGUUUAAUACGUCAUGUGCUAUCAUAAAAAAAAAAAAAAAUUCCAAUAUAAUUCAUAAUCUAUAUCGACCGAAUUAACUGUGUGCACACUUUAUUUUUCAUUUUUCUAUAGGUUAGGUUAGGUAAUUCGUAUUACGAUAAAUCGCUAACAAAAGAAAAAAACAAUCCGAAAUCGCAGAGUUUCAAAUUCCGAAAUCUGGAUUUUUCUGUAAAAAUCCGAAUUUUCGAACUGGGUGCGACAUUCCGGAUUUCCCCCCGUAUCACACUAAGUAUACUUAUAGAAACGAUAGGACAUUAUAAUUUUAUCUGUCCGAUAUUUGUCGGUCUUUUUUUCAUUAUUAUUUUCAUCCCUUCGCUCACCCAAAAUAACGAAUCGUCUAUAUCACUGGCAGAUUGUGAUUUGGUAUAUCAUAAAAAAAACUAUAUACUAAUGCAGUUCUCGCGAAGACUUAUGUGUUGAGGCCACUGUACAUGACGUUUGUUUUGCUACGGAUUGCUAACUGGAAACUGUGAUGGGUACCGCUGCGCGAUCGAAUACUGGAUUUCGUGAUAGCACAUGUCCCAUUUCUUUGCUGGAUUUGCGCGUGAGCCAAUGAGAGAAUAUCAUUUUGUCACGUGGCCGUUCUACUGAUAAGAUUAUAGCUUUCAACAACAAAACGGAUGUUUCUCUGAAAUAAAACAUAUCUUACGGAAAAUAAAUAUAUUUGAUAUUUGUUCAUAUUUUAGGCUCUGAGCGGAGCGAAGAAUGUAUUAAUUGGACAAUGGUAUUAAUUUUUUUUUGUUAUCCGUGAACAACUACAAGUAAUUUUGCUCAUAUUUUCAAGUAUAGCACUUUUUCUGAAAGCGAAUCUGACUGGAGUGGCAUUUUAGGGAGAAUAUUUUUUUGAUUUUCCAGGCUGUUUUCAUUAAUAAAUAGGAAAAAUCGGGGGGAAACGUAGGUAACCGGGAAAAUUUACGAAAUUAUUAUUUUCAAAUCCCAAAUAUUACGGCCUUUCAAAACAUAACCGAACUCCGCUCAAAAUCGUUUUUCGUUACCAAAGAUUAACCGUUGCGUACAGAUAUACAUUACAUUCCCCUCUCAACCGUCGGCCGAAGUAUGUCCGUAUCUUUUAUUUUUAUUGAUAUUUCUUAUAAAGUGUUUGAUCAACGAUUCUCACUUCUCUCGAAUGCGCGAACCAUCGGGAGUUUGUAGUAUAGCAUAAAAUUAUACGAGAAUUAAAAAUGUUUCAGGUGGCAAAAUUCGUUACGGCACAAUCUGUCGUUCAACGACUGCUUCGUGAAAAUUCCUCGACGACCGGACCGCCCGGGCAAAGGAGCUUAUUGGGCCCUGCAUCCGGCCGCUCUGGACAUGUUCGAAAACGGGUCGUUUUUGCGACGCCGCAAACGGUUCAAAUUGCAGGCCGCCGACAGGGCAUUGUUGGAAGCCACGUUUGGCAGGUCACCGUCGGCCGCCGCCGCGGUCGCCGCGGCCGCAGCAGCCGCCGCAGCGGCCGGCGAUUCGCCUCCGCCGCCGCCGCUGCGGCAGACCUCGGUCGGCCAGCAUUUGCAGUCCCCGGGCGGCACGGCGACGACGCCCGUGCACGGUAGCGAACAGUCACUGUCACCCUCGCCUACGUCACUGGGGCACCCGCCGUCCGUGGUCGCCGCUGCGGCCGUUCCGGGAGCCAGCUCCGCGAAUCGCCGACACAAGCCCCGACCGUUCACCAUAGAGAGCAUCAUCGCGCCGGGCGGCAGACGCGGACGCUCGGACGCGGCCCCGUUGGACGCCACCGUCCCGCGGUCGUUGUCGCCGCCCACUUCCCCGCCGACCGAACGUGCCCAUCGCCGAUACCCGCCGCCCGUGUGUCUGCCGGCCCAGCCGCCGGCGCACAGGCUGCACGCCACUGCGGCCGAUCAUCCACACCAUCAACACCACGGCGGCAACGGGUACGCGGCACUGUACGCGGCCGCGCUACAGAAUCUGCUGCAGCAACAGUCGUUCGCCGCGGCCGCCGCAGCCGCCGCGGCCAACAUAUUCCCGGGGCCGUCCGCUCCUCUGCCGCCGUUCCACUACAUGCCGCACCAUCACGCCGCUUCCGUCGGCUUGCCGCCGUUCCCGCAACUGGUCAACUUUACGAACCUACACGACUGCGGUACGCAAGUAUACCUAAUAAUAAUAAUAAUAAUAAUGUCGCGCUUUUUUUUUUAAAUAUUACUACCGGAUGGCCAGUGGCGGAUUUACGGCAGCAGAGGGGAGCGGGGGGUCCGGGAGGUCUGGACCCCUCCCAUAGACGCCGAUAUGAUUUCAAUAAAAUUUCGUUAAAAAAAAAAAAAAAAAAAAAAAAAAAGCGUCCGUUAAUAGAAACACCUUUUAAAUACAUAUGAUUUUUCAAGACCUCUUCUAGAAAAACGUUGAAAAUCCGCUACUGCCCGCCGGAUUCCAUAGAUUUUUAAAAAUAGGAAACCCGUUACGAAAUCACAAUGGAUUAUUCGCGGUCGUCAAAAACAACGGAUUGAGGCCGGAAAGGUCGAAAUAAAGUGUACUGCAGUAUAAUAAUUAUAUACGCGUUAAAUUGUUGUACAAAGACGACGGCGGCGGUCGUUAAUUUCCCCUCUCGUCAAUAUGCGAUACUGUUUUAUGACCGUCGCGUUUUGGUAUACCGCACUUAGGGGACCGUUCCGUAUGUUUUCGGGGUGCCCAUUAUCUUCCGCCCCUUGUGAAAACUUACCCCUCCCGAAUCAUACACCCUCGAUUGACUUAACCCUCCUAACCUAACGUUUUCACAUUCGAUCUGUCACGUUGUUAUCGCAUGCAUAAUACUACAAAACCGUUUUCAAAUACGGUUUUCAGCCUAACGUAAUGUGGCUCACGAUGAUAUUAUACACGUUGCAAUAUCUCCUAAGAACAUAAAGAUAAUCGAAUUCUGUUUUGUUUUUCUAUAUAUACUACUCGUAUGGAUAAGAACUACAAAUAUUCAAAUUUGUAUACAAUUUUUGAAAUUAAAAAAAUAACUUUUUAUUUCAUUGUUUUCGAAAAUUUUGAAACGCCCAUUAGAGUUCAGAAAAAACGUACCUAUAAUUGUGCAACAUUAUUUCUGAACAAAUGGAAAAAAACUGAGGAAAAACAAGAAAAUGUACGAAAUAUAGGUAUUAAUAGAAUAUUAUGAUUUAUUUUUGUUCUGUGGACAGAGCUUUUUACAAGCAAUUUUGUUCCUAUUUACAAUGAUAGCACUUUUACUGAAAAGAAAUCUGACUGAAAAGAUACUUUAGGAGAUCAUUUUUUGAUUUCCCAUUUGUUGAGCAAAAACCGGGAAAAAUUGUGGGAAAACCGGGAAAAUCGGUACAAUAUUGAAUAAAUAUUAUCAAAGAAAAUAUUUAACGCCUAUUUAAUUGUUUUACCAUAAAUAUGACGUACAGGUUGUUGACAAAGCGUCACUAUUAACUGAACUCCGCUGAGAAUCGUUUUUUUCGAUGUAAACGCAGUGUUCACCGCAUACCUACUUAAUGGACAAAUGGCCGAGGGAAAUAAAUAAGAUAAAAUAUUAUUCAAAUCGUGUUUAAACGCCGUACAUAUACAAUUCGAAAAUAUAUAUAAUUGCGAUUUACAUCCGCGGAGAAAUAAAAUUAUCGAUCUGCGAACAACAGUCGUCCGGUCUCGGUCACAAUACGCGCAUUGUUACGGGCCCGAUUUAAAAUCACCGUCGUCCCGCUGUUGUUCGCGACACGUUCGGUUUGAAUUAUUAUUAUUAUAUUUCAAUGUGCACGGCGCGGCGGUAUAAUAAAAUAUCGAAUAUAAUAUAACGCAGGCAGUCUCCGACAGUGAUUGUUAUUAUGAGACUUCUCGUGAAAACGAAUUUAACGCGCGCGUGCGCGGUAUCCGUAUGGCCGUAUGAUAAUCAAAUAACGACGACGUCUGUCGAACGGUCGCCCGAGAGCUUCCGCGCAAUGCGUCCCGGUGAACACGUUGUCGCGUAAUGGGCCGAACGAUAAGACGGAUUUUGUACAGGGUGUACGGACACACGCGUCACUGUUGAUCAUUGCAGAUAACCGCGGGCGAGCAUUCGGCCCGUCAGGCACGUACGUUAGACAGAUCCGUUUACCGUGGGGGUGGUGGAGGGGGGGGGAAAGGAAAACCGACAAACCGAGAGUUAUAGUUAUAGUAUUAGGGGAAAAAAAAAACAAUAUUAUCCGGCUCUCUUUACUCGUGUAUUCUUUUUUCCGCUAUAACGAUUAAUUCGGAAAUGACCGUAGUCUUCCGGCACACAUUUUACGUGGAGCGAAUAACGGGUACAGGACCCCUUCUAGACCCCCUAUUACCCCCUUCCCCCCCUAUAGAUGCGGGCCUGUAUUCCGUGCUGAUAUUGCAACAAUAUUCGAACGAACAAUUUGGCGCCUUCCACUUCCGGUGCCCACUCUUUGAUUACCACUGUCCGCGAGUCGUGAGGAACAACGGAAUUCAUUCGGCUCGAAUAGAAAACUCCUCAGAUUCGAGAUUGAAACACUAUGCGACGUAAUCUCGCCGUAUCGAUAAUCACUGUACUGUCGCAAUGUCAGAUAAGUGAUUGUCGAAAAUCGCACAUCGUUCUAACAGGGUAUUAAUAAGAUUUAAUAAGUCAUGUUUCGUAACUCCGACGAAAAUGUUUUACUGUUAUUUUUGUAUACGUUAUACAAUUAAAUAUUAAUUUAGAUUUUUUUCAUUUAUAUAUUUCAAUAAAUAACGAUAAAAUACAGUGGUAACAAAUUUUUUUUUUUUUUUUUCCGUUCGAAUGAGGCCAAAGCAAGUACGCCCAGUAUUUUUGUUACUGCGCAUUAUUAUAGUGUUCUGUAAUAAUACAAAUGGGGAAUAUAAAUAAAAGCCUGUAAAACGAAGGGUUCGUAAGAUUAUCGCAAUAACAAAGUCCCUCGUUAUUUUUUGUUUCCCACCCUCUAUAAUUGCUAAUGGAAACCAAAAUCCGUCUAGUCUCAAAAUAACGUGACCGCCGAUAUAUCCAUAGGAAUUCGGCACCCGACGCAAACUGGCGUUUCGCUAUUUAAUAUAUAGAUACAGGUACACAACGCUAAAACCAAUGAUGUAUUGAUAAAUAAAUGUUUGAGUAUACGCACCUAAAAGGAGUUGAAUAAACCUCAAACAAUGUUUCUCGUUACUCUCGAAAUGACAUUCCACUCACAAUACGUCAAACUACCUAACCACACUUUACUACACAUUACCUAAAUAUACAUGUCAUCGUAAGUAAUGUUUUACCGGCAUACUUCUGAAAUUUAACAUUAGUAAUUUAUAGUUUUAAUUUGAAUUUACUUAGUUUCAAACAUACGAGUAAUAUGUCCACGUAAAUAUGUACGCGUUGUAAAAUUUAAACCGAAAUUGCGAAUUUUGUAAUAUUCAAUUGAACCACGAUGUAGAUAAAACGGUGUAAACUCAUAGGCUUACUUAGUAAAUCCGAAAAUAAGGAUCCGGGUAUACGUCGGUAUACCCACGUAUACUGUUCAAUCAUGAGUGCCCGAUGGGGUGGCAAGACGGAGCAACCCCUCCCCCUAGACUUCAAUAUAUCACAUGUAAUUUUACUUUAAGUAUUUUUUGAUGGUUAAUUUUAUUAUGCCACUCCCUGAUAAAUUUCUUGCGGGCGCCCAUGCCUUCAAUACAUCACUUGUUAAAACACAUCGAAAAUAUUAUAGGACAAAGGCCGGACGAUUUAAUUGUUUAAUGAAAAACAGUCAAAUACAGAGUCAAUCAAAUUAAACUGCAGAUAUAGGCGAAAAGCAUUCGGGGUUGAAUGUCAUGACGAAAAUUCGUCGAAUUUUAAGCGUUAAAAUGCAAAACAAUGUUAACUCGGUUGGUAAAAGUUUAUAUUUUAUCGAUCGGUUUCCGUUCGACUUCGUGCACCUGUAAUAUACACAGGUACGUUUUCGUGUACUUUUCAAGCGCGCGCCUUCUGAUUUUACAUUGUAAUAUACGCUUAUUAUUAUUAUUAUUUUUUUUUUUCGUUAUACUUGUAUACUUUUAUGUUGGUUUUUUUUUUUUCAUAGCAUUACGUUUUCUUCUAAAUGAUUUAUAACCGUCCGAGACCCAUUGUCCGUUAUAAUAUUAUUAUAAACGUGUAACGAGCCCACUAUAUACAAGAGACCCAUUACAAGACAGCUAUAGUGUACACAAAACGCCCGUGCAGCACACGCACUCGACUUCGUGUUAUAGUUGUUAGUCAUCGCCCGCGCCCGCGCGUGUGUAUGUGUGUAUAUUAAAAUAUAAUAAUAAUAUUAUUAUAAUGCUUCGUAAAAUAUUAAGCAUUGUUUGGAAAGCUAAUAUUAAUAUGGCGUGCUUAAAUCAUCAUUACUUAUAUUGUAGGUACCUACGUCAGAGAAAAACCUAACCUCUCUUAUUAUGCCGUAUACCUGUACAUAAUUUUUUGUUGUUAUUGUUGGUAUUAUUUAUUUAUUUUAUUAUUAUUUUUUUUUGUAUUUUUUUUUUUUUUUUUUUGUAUUCCGUCCCGUCAGAUUAUAUUAAAUAUACAAUAAUAAUAAUUGUCCGUUGGUGUAAAACAUGACCGUAAUAUUUAUAUAAGUAUAGGUAUACGAAAACGCCGUAUCGUUAUUCCGUUGAUACGCGUCACAAGAGUAGGUGUCAUGAUGUACACAAACGAAAUGUCACCCGCAAUGCAUUUUCGUGAGUCUCGUUUAAGUUUAAUUUACUAUUAUUAUACUGUAUAGCCGUAUACAUAUUAUAAAUAUGUAUACGUGUAUGAUUAUGUAUACGAGAACCCGGGAGGUUCGUGUGUAUUCCGGCGACUUAUAUAGGAAGCAGACACGUGGGUGCACAUCACGGGGUUGAGUUAUCGGUAGAGUUCAGUGCACUGCCGGUAACUGGCCUAUGCGAUGGGUACCUAUAGCCAUUUACAGACCUAAUUCGGAUUAGGCCCUGGCCGAAUCGUAACCGAGUCGGUUUUAAGCAUUUUAAGAGGUUGUACGAGUCGAGAAAGACUACAAUGGGUUGCGUAUUUACAAACCGUUUGGGUCAAACUCAAAUUAGUCUGUAAUUACGCAACCAAAGUUGUAGUUAGAGUUUGGAAUAGACUUUGGUUUAGGCUAAGCGCGCGUCUUAGAAAAGGGCAAAUAUAUAGAAUUGGGAGGAAAUUAUAAAUUUUGAAACGGAAAUUAAUAGACCAUAUAAUAAUAAUGGGAAUUUGUGUCAGGUCAGAGACGCUGAAAAGUCUCGUUACGGCUCCGGUAUAGUAUUUGAAGAUGCUCAAUGAGUAAAAUUCUGCAGCACAGUACCGGAAGAAAAAUCUCAGGGUUCCUUACCUCGGUAAAAUUUUCUUUUCUCUAAUCAAUUAUAUUAUACAAUUCGUCUGCAGCGAUUCUCUACGUUGUGGAGUCUUGUUAUUUGCCUUGGUCUUGAUUUUUUCGUAGGCACGGACCUUCUAGUAUAUAUUUUAUAUUAAUAAUAAUUUAAAUAAAACACUUACCAUCGUCGUAUAUGCAUACAUAGAGGAUUUGAUAACUUAAAAAGCAAUUUGUAUUACAUGGUUCUGGUGUACGCCUAUUAUGAACAGAACAAAGAACGUAUUUUUACUCAUCUGCGGAAGAAGGAGGGUAAUCCGGGUAAUGUGUACACUACAUAUUAUGUUGCUGAUCUUCCUAUUCAAUUGUAUUAUUAGUAGUGUUCGAUGUUAUUAUAUUAUUAAUUUCAAUUUACAAAAAGCAAUAGACGUAUGGUAACCGACAAAUUUGAACGCGCGAGCUUCACACGCCGUGCAAGUCAAAAAAAGAUAUUUUAAAUCCAAAGCCGUGAAAGGACUGGAGGGGGCGAUCAUGGGCGCAACUAGACCACCAACUUUGGAGGUGUUAGAAUUAUAGACACGUCACAGACCCGCGAGGCCAAUGCCCCAACAAUCCCUUUUACAUGACACAUAUAUUGUAAAAGGUAACUACACAUACAUUUCAUUUACAUUUUUUUUUAUAAAAAUAUAUCGAACUUUUUUUACUUCAUUUUUUAUGCACUGAUACAUUGUCCGCAUAGGUAAUCCGUACUUGUUCUGCUUAUUUAUUUUGAAAUACAUGGAUAAAAUAUUUAGUCAACAAUAUAUGAAAAAAAUGCGUUGUGUAUUUUUGAGAAUGCUAAAGACUUCCUAGCACCCCCCCCCUUUAGUUGCGCCUAUGGAGACAAUAUGCGGUUAAUGGCCUUUUUAUCGCCUAGAAUCGAGCGUAUAGCCCUUAUACGCUAAGUUACGUUGUCUAAAAAAUGCAUAAAUAAACAAUUAAAUUGUAUUAUUGUAAGCUCCUCCUCCCGCGGAUGUUAUACGGAAUAUACGCCAGCGCGUACGGUUUCCGUUCUGUACAUUAAAAUAUAACGAAUGGUGUGGAGACCUGCAGUAUAAUAACUACGUAUAUAAUAUAGGAACAUACAGUAGCGGCGGAGUGGUGCGGUAUUUUGUUAACAAUGUUAAAACCGUAUGAUUAUUAUCAUUAUUACCUUUAGUAUUUGUUCGAUAUUUAUUUAUUCCGUGUUAAAGGUGGCCGCGGCACAACACGCAGUAUCUCUAAUUCUCUACAAACCGGGAAAUCGGGUUCCUACGCGGGAAUCGAUGGUAGCCGUCGUUUUCAGUGGAUAAUAAAAAUAAUAACCUCGUCACGCGAUUAUCGUGUCUGAAUAAGGACGGGACGACAUAUUCAGUAACGUACCUGCAAAGCUAGAGUCAAUUAAUGAUAUCGAUGGCGCAAAUCAAGCGACUGGUCGAAUAAGUUAAUAACGCUCUGUACAUUUUUAAAGAAAAGUCGAUAUUUUUACAGUUUAAAAAAAAUAAAAAUAAAAACUAUAAUAACCACGCCAAACUAUUUCUCACCAAAGUACCAUUUUAGUGUGGUCAAGCAUUUAUCACAUAGAACGAUUUGUUGAAAAUCGCCGACCAAGGCUAUACUCUCGCCUACCGAUAGUUCUACUCUCGAUUGUUAUUAUUGCCCGUAUUAAGGUAUUUACACUAUGUGAAACGAGUCACAAACGCAAUAGGAAUCCUCUGAUCGGUUCUUUAAAUAAAUAUCGCAACUUUACGUAUAAUAUCGAUUACACGAUUUCAAUGAUAACAAUGAUGAAAGUGCUUUACUAUACGUUAAAUGUUAUUCGUUGUCAGCCUUAAUCAGAUACUGUUCCGAGAGAUGAAAAAAAAAAGUAGAUUAUUUUCUCAAACGACUGAUUCAUAUCACUAUUAAACAUACGGAAAUAAAGAUUUUAUUUUGCGUAUAUUUAGCGCGUAAAAUGUUUUAUUAAAACACACGAGGUUUAGGGGUAAAAUUAAAAUAAAUGUAGUUUACACGCCAAAAAUAUUAUAUAACCCGUUCUAUUAUUUACAAUCUGAAUUUUUUUUUUUUAGUAUAUUACACACUAUAAUAUCUAUAGAACUCGUGCCCGGAAUCGAGAUGUUUCGGUAAACAUUUUUUUCAUAAUAUUAUAUACACGUAGCUAUAAAAUGUCUUUUUAAUAAUUGCAGGCGAUUUUUUUUUUACUGUCGGAGAAAAUAACCAAUGGUAAUAUUUUAAUAUAGUGGACAUGUCUGCUUCGUACGAUUUGGCAACCAUCUGCAGCACUGCUGCUGCACGGUUGCACGGGUCGAGUGACUUUUCGUGGAACCGCGAUUAUCAUCUUAUACACACGAUGUGAUAUCCAAGCGUAAAUUAUUAUUGCAUUAUUAUUUAACGAUGCAGACAUGUAGUCAUAUUUUAUGGGAACGUAUGUGUGUAUACAAGGUGUUUAUUAUUAUUCUUUUUUGUUUUUUACCAUUCGUUAAUUCGGACGCGUCCGUUGUAAUUUUAUACGAUAUUGCCUGAUGUAAACUGACACUCGUCUGUAACUUUUUAUUUAAUAUCUUUUCGUUAGAAUACUAAUAGACUGUAUCAUUUCGGAAUGUGCGGCUAUUCCCUUUUGUAUUUUAAAGGAAGAGAAAGAAGAAGGAGGAAGUCCUAUACUGUAAUGGAAAUCAAUGAAAAGCAGGCGGUGAUGUUAACCGUGGCACAUGAAAUCAUAAGCGAUGAAUAAAGUAUCCAUAAAAAAACACAUAUACCAUAAUAAAUUUGUUAAAACCAUUUCUCGCUUUAUUAAGAAUCUAAAAUACAAUAAUCGUAGAACAAUUUAAUCCGCGUUUAAACAAAUGUACCAAAUCCCGUGAAUUAGCACUGAAAAACAGUGAGUGUUUCUCGCGUUACAAUUCUACAACAAUGGGAUAUGCAUGGUGUGGAAAGUGCUUAUUUUUCGUCAUUUUUGUUGCUUACUACACACAAUUUUCCCAGAGCAACUAGACGCAAACCCGUAGGGGGAGCUACGGUCCCUACACCACUACUUGAUCCCAAAAUACAAUUUUCCCUACCACAUUAUUCUUAAACUUAAUUAAGCAGUAAACUUGGAUAAUACCACAAUACUCACAUGUUUUCAACUCGAAGUUAAGCAUAAAAAAAAUAUUAAAGUAAAACUAUUGUCUUCUAAAUCUUAAAAAACUGCACUACAACUACUACAAGUACCUAUACAAAUUGUGAAUACCGUGAACCGAUACUGAGUGUAUGGCUUACAGUAUAUAACUGUCAAAGAUUAUCGUAUUAAAGUGUUAUCAGACAUUUUUUUUAUUAAUUUUGAGUAUUCGAUUACACAUUUAAUAUUUUUUGGUUAACACACAUUGGAUUUCGUAUUACAGACACAAACAAAUAGGCUCUGGUGUGCAAUCCAUGUAAUGAAUUACACACCUUGAACAUCCAAUUGUUACAGAGCAUUUUACAACGUGAGAGACACUCAAUGUUUCUCAGUGCUUAAAACCAUAAAGUUAAAAUUAAAAUGUUGUUUUUGAAAUUUUUGUUUAACUUUCUGUACAACGAAUAUAUUUGAUUUUUCGCUAUUACUUGUAAAAAUUUAAAUCAAAUUUAUUCCAGGUAUACUAUAAUAGGUACCUAUGCAAUAUAAUAAUUCCAUUGUAAUUAUAAUAACUAUUGUUAUAAUAUACUUACACAUGCACAAUCUAUUUCGUAUUAUAAGUAUAUUAAUACUAAAAUAAUGAACCUAUUUACUGUAGACCUCGAAAUAAUUCGUUGCACACGAGCCUUAGAAUUCAUAGUCGCGGUACCGAUGGUUACGAACACUAUAUAAUCACUCUGUAUACAAGACAUCGCGGAUUUCUGUCCUCCGGGCGAUAAAAUAAUGCAUUUUGUAAGGCGUUAAAUUAAACAAAUAACCAAUUACUAUUAUAUCGUUAUUUUCACUACGGCAAAUCGAAAAAAAAUAAAAUAAAAAUGACUACGAGUCGAUAUAAUGUAACCGUGUGUUAGCGCAUCCAACGGUAUUAUAAUAAUACAGGUAUAUUUUAUUUAUAGAACGUGGUGUACUUUCGCGUGUUACGUUCGUCUAAAUUAUGAUUAUUAUUAUUUUUUUUUUGCAUUACGAAACUCUACAUUAUAAACUAUUAUCCGCUCUCGGAUGUAAAAGUCAAUAGUGUAGCGAAUUAAAGUCGCGUUUGGUACAAUCAUAAUCGUAUAUAUUAUACCUACGGGCUGCAGUGGUUUUCGCGUGCGAGAAAAUACGAAUGCAAUAAUAAUACAAUACGAAUCUCCGUUCGAUCGUGAAUAAUAAUAAUAAUAUUAUUUUCUAAAUCGCGAAUUAUUAAAUGCGUCGAAUAGAAACGAAUGCAAUAAGCCCUCAGUUCUAAUAGUAUCCUUUAAGUCAUCUAAAGCUUCACCGACCGCAGACGUGCAUACAAUCUCGUAUCUUUUAUAUCCGAUAUAUCCUUUUGUAGAUAAACCUGAUUCUCCUACAGUAAAUACCUUAUCCCGAAUUUCUUUCAAAGUCCUCUCCCGAUUCACUCGUUUGUUUGUCUCUUUCCGUAUUCAUUUUUUCUCCAUUUCAUUUCCUUGAAAACUACUCUACGACCGGAUAGGUCUAAUGCGCACCGAAAACCGCGACCCAUUCAAUCUGAUGAACUUCUAGUUUAACUUUCUCUUCAACCAGUAUGUUAGUUAGCUUUAAUUUAGUUCAGAUUUAAUCUUAGUUUUAAUCAUAGUUACCGAUUCUGUCAUCUUUGUGAUCGUCUCAUUAUUUUAAAUAAAUACAAAUAUAAUAAUUAUUGUUAUUAUUAUCGUAUCAGCGGGAGUUAAGAUUACGGUACUUUUUAUUUGGAAACAGUUUUCUAUGGUUUCCUAACAAGUUCUCUAAAUAAUUGAAAAACCGGGUACUGGCUUACAUGAUUGGUGUUCGAUGUUGUUUUAUAUAACACUAACGAUCAAAUCAGGGAAAUGCGACAACAUUUUGAAGCCGGAUUGAUAAAUUUCAAUGUGAGUUUUACGAGAAAUUUCUGUAGCUAUAAAAUAUAUUGAAAUCCAUGAGUAGAGAAGAAUAAGAAAAAUAACGAGAAAGCAGAGUUACCUAUACGUGCAUUGUAUCGGAAACUGAACAUUAUAGAAACUAUCUAAUGUAUAAUAUUAUAAAUGCGCAGGGUACGUCUGGAGAAGUCAAAUCACUCAAAACAAUUACUUCGUACGGUGUUGGAAGGGGAUUCUAGGAAAAUACCUUUUAACAGACAGGGAAUAAGGUGAUCAAAAUCCGAUGAUGUGAAGAAACUAAAGAGGAGGUUUAGAUUGGAAAAUACGAACAACAGAUAGAUGACUGGAAGUUUGGAUGUUCGACAGAAUAAAUUACCAUAGAUGCUGUUUUCGUAUUUCGAAAAAAAAAUAUGACACUUGAAUUUUCGUUUUUCUUUUGUUUUCCAUAGUUUCAUAGGGAUAUAAACCGCUUUAAUUAUAAUGAUUUAUAGUUCAAUUAUCUCCAUUUAGAAUCGGUUUUUCAUUACGACGAUUUAUCUUUGCGUUCAAACCUUACAUAAAGCUUCUCACCAACAACAGAGGCUUAUCGGUAGAACGAUGAAGCACGCUGUUUUUAUACGUAUAAUAUACCUAUACCUCUUAAAUACGUUUUUUUAAAAUAAAGUAACGUAUAAACGAUUGGUAUUGUGCUUUCGGAACACGUUCGAGAGUAUUUUUUCUUAAAGGGGGGGGGGAUUUUUUCGGCCACCGUAAGUGUUUUCAAGAUUAAAUCUAUACGGGAGUAUUAUACGUAUAGUAUCCGAAUAUUACUGAUAUUUUUAAAGCAAUAUACCUAUACGGUCUGCUGCUGUUGCCUGGUACAGUUUUUCAGCAUACAAAGACAAGCAGAUGUUUUAUUUAAUAAAGGUGUUGGACGCGCAACACCGAUGACCGUCUUCGAAUAUACACACACAGGUCUAAAAAAAAAAUAAUAAUAAUAAUAAUAACAAUAAUAAAUGAUAAUAUUAUAUUAUAUAGGUGUAGGUAAUACUCGCGGUGCACCUGCACCCGGCCGGUGUUGAUUUUCUUCUUCUCUGACGAUGCCGAGCCGGCUUCCGGAGGGUACGAGACGGAAUAUUAUAUUAAAAUCUUAGCGCUGAAGGCUUUGUAUAUAUAUGUAUAUUAUAAACGUGUAAUUAAUUGAUAAUCAUCUUUUUUCAUAUUUUGAAGAGUUUUACACCGUUUUUAUUUUAUCUUUUCGAUAUUUAAUCGCUCUCUUAUUCCUACUGCUGUGGUUUAAUACCUAUACCGAUAUGUACCUACCCAUUUUGUUAUAAAGGUACACAUUAUUCUGUUAUAACAUACAGAUUGGGAUGCAGUAUACGAAUAUGACGGCGGAAAGUUCAACGGAAUAAAAAAUAUUACACGCUCAAGGUUGCAGUUUUUAUUGUUCGUAAAUAGUACCCCGGGUUUCUGCGGUAAUAAUAUUUAGGUGCAACGUAUUAGACAUAGGUACCUCGAUUAUAAGUUAUACUUAGACGAAGAAAACUAUGUUUUCUAUCAGAAAUAUUGCAGAAAAAUUCCAUGCAACAUUUUUUGUUAUUUUUACAUCUAGUUGUUGAGAAAAUGAGUCAUUUUUUGAUUUUAUGUGUACUUUUAUUACUAAUUGAACAUAGUCGGAAAAAAACCUCAAAAAGAGCAGGGAAAUUCACGGAAAUAAUGGUUUCAUUAUUUUCAAUUUUGUUUUUUUGUUAUUAUUAAAUUAAAGAUGGUUGCAGAAACUUGAAAUGCUGACAGAAAUCUUAUAUUUCCCUUUUCUAAAUGUGAUAAAAUGUUGAAAAUAUUUUUGAGCUAUUUAGAGGCAUAAUACAUUUUCUUGUUUUUUUAUACGUAGUUUUUCUUUAAUAGGUAGGUGUUAUAUAUAUAUGAAUGUAUAUUAUGUUCGGCUAAAUAGAAAUGGUUAACAAUUUAACAGAUUCAUUAUAAGUUGUACUUAAUGGUAAAAAAAAAGUAGAAUGUAAUGUAGUAUUUUUUUUAUAACGGUUUUAAGAUUAAGUUUUAAGGAAAAUCGUAAAUAUUACGGUUUUCUUAUCAUAUAUUAUCAAAUUUUGUUCAGAAUCGUUUUUCGUUAGUAAGGGGUUUACCGUUGUUUACAGAUAUAAAUUAAAUAACUUUUAAUACCUUACCAUCCCAAUUCCUGACUUGCAACACUGGGAUUCUCACUAUUUCAUCAGUAUAAGCUCUUUUUUAAAAAGUUUUUUCUGUCUGUAAACAACUUUGUGAAUAGAAAAUUGUUUCAAUAAAAAAAAUGACACGAGACUUUUUUUUUUCAUUUUGAAUAUGGUUGUUUAUACCAGUAUUUCGGUUCGUUUUUUAAAUAUAAUAUAUAGUACGAAUUUGCCUUAAAUUGAAUAGGUACUGCAAUAUUCAUCAUAUUGUAUUUGUUUAUUACAAAUCCAUUGCUAUAAUAUAUAUUGCGCAACAAUGCGAUGAAAAUCUAAUUUUUUUUUAUGAUUCCUUAACCGAACAUUUUUUCAGAACGUGAUUAAAAAAAAAAAAAAAACAAAACAAAACAAAUUAAUUUUGUUAAAUAAACUAAAAUUGUUUUAUAAUUGGUGUUUCAACUAGGUACCACAGUAAUGUUUGUUCUAUAUUUAUAUACCUAAUCAUUUCGUUAAUAUUUGACUAAUCCGUCAGGUCAAAGAAACGUCAUGGAGUAUAGGAUAAAAUACAAUUUAAAAAAAAAAACGCCGGUAAUUUAAUUUACCAAUUAAAAAAAAUAAAAUAUUAUUUGGUUAUUAAAUUUGAUUAUGUUAAACAUAAAAAAAAAAAAAAAACCGGUAAUAUACAAUGUAUUUACACGAAGGAUAGGUACAACGUUAACCGCCAAUUUGUUGAGGUAUACAUGUGUAUAUAUUCGGUUCGCGCGAUUAUUUUUUAUCUAUACGUACCUAAUAAUACGAUAAGCGUUUUUGACGCGCGAGAUUCGUAUAUCAUUAAAAAAAUAGGAAGGAAAAAAAACCAUAAACCUUGAGUGUGUACCUACGCAUAGUUUUAUUGACUUAGGUCGCGCAUUUUGCGUGUAUGUAAAAUCCAAAUGGAUCGAUUCUAUAGGUACCGUACUAUGUAUUUCACGCACGAGGUUCGGGCACGGUUAUUUAUAACGAGAAGGUUAAGAACGGCCUUUGGAUAUUGAAAUACGCAACAUAUUUCGGGUUAAUCGUAAUAAUAAUACGCGUAUUAAUAUUUAUUUCCUUACAAAUGAAACGUUAUCGCAUAAUACGGUACCUGCAGAUGUACUUCAAUAAUUUUUAAAACCGUUAUACUACGAUAACUGAAACGGCCGGGACACACAAUUUCUGAUACGCGCUUUUUAUUUAUUCGUUGUGCAUUACGCGUAUGCACUGUGUAUGUUAUACAGUGGUGACCCGCAGUGGCGACACGUAUUUUAUACUUGGUUGGUUAAACGAGUAAAUAGGCCCCGAGGCUUACCGAACCCCUCUAAAGGUCCUCCAAGUAAACAAAAAAUAAAAAUAUAUAUUAGCUUCCUGUCGGCCAAAACUGUAUACCCAAAUUAUGCCAAUGGACACUAUAAUAAUUUAAAUGUAACGUAUUUGUUUUAUAAAUUUGUAAUUUACUUGAAGUUUAAUGGUUUGACGUGUCGUACAUUGUACGAGAUUAUUUUGUUCUAUUAGAUUUUAUGCUAAGCUUUGGGGUAAUUUAUACUCUAUGUUUUAAAGUUCAUCUCAUCUUAUAAAGUUUAAAUAAUUAAUAACAUGUUUGUUUUGUUUUUUUGAAAUACUGAAAAAAAUCAUUAUUCAAGAGGCUUCAUCAGAGAACGACCUAGUCAGCGAUUACCGUCAAUCCGACCUGGCUUUUUUGAACAUUUUGGAAAUCUUGUCCCCAUAAUAAUAGGUUUCCUGAAUGUUUGGUUAGGUUUAGUUAAAUCUCGUGAACGCCCCCCAAUUUUCGGUAAAUAUAGUCCUCUCUCGACGUUUUUCCCACUGGAUUCGUUGUAUGAACCUAUUUAUAAGUAUUAAAUGUCAUUAGGUAUCUGCAGUACUGUAUAAGCCAUAGACGCUGCAGUGUAGCAGCCGUAUACGAUUUUCUCAUUGAUAAUGAUUAUGAUCUUUAUCACAUCAUAAACGCCCACCUCUUAUUAUCUCAAAUCGUUUGUAUCGUAAUUGAAAUUAGAUUAAUUCGCUUACAAAAUAUUACAAUCGUUUGGGAAAAUUGGAAUACAUAACGCAAAUUGGGUUUUGUGAGUUGGUUAAAACAAUGUUCAAUGAUAAUAAAACUUCUGUUACAUUGAAUAUUUUAAAUAGCAUAAAUCAAGUUGGUAUGUACAAGCGCAGCUACAGUGUAUAAAAUCCAAAACUUCUACGUGCCUACCUACACCGUAUAAUGAUAAUUGUACGGAAUUUAGUGGGGAAUCUAGCUAUACUUAUGUUAUCCAUAACUAUAAUUCAUUAUAAAAUUCAAAUUAUUAAAAUUACUAGAAUAGAUACCUACUUUAUCAUAAGAUUUAAUUUGUCUGUAGCUAAUUACUUGGUAAUAGGCAUCAAAUUAAUCAAGUAACCCAAAGGUUAAGUAAGUAAUUAGUUGUAAAACUUCUAUUAAGAAUGAUACCUCUUUGGUGUUGGUUUUGUAAUACUAACGACAUCGUACAUCAUUCUAAUUUAUAAUGAAAAUAACAAUUAUGGUUAUUUCGAUUGUGACAAGAUUAUGUGCGAUUAUGUUGUGAUUAGAAUAAUAACCAAUGAGAACGUCGUAUACGGCAUUGCAGCGUUUAGUGAUUCAGAAGAGAAUUUUGAGGAUUGGGGGGGCACAGAUAUACUUUAGAUUAUGACCUAUUAUUUUUCAAAUUGAAGAACUACAUUAAAAUUAACUGAAAAACCAAAAAAAAAAAAAACAAUAUUUUAGGAGGGGAAUUGGUGAGUGCCCCAGUGCCCCAUCUAGCUACAACACUCAUAUAGGUAUACUAUUGUUUUAAGAUCUGGUAAUGAUUUCUCAAUAUAAUAUCGUUUCCCUCUUGCCAAAACUCGGUAACGGAAAAAUAGUAAUUGUUCAGAACCUAACCUAACCUAACCGACUUUAAAUUUUCAACAAAAUUAAUUUUUAAUCUCAGCGCUACAAAAUGUUUAAUUUUUAAGAAAUGUUUUUUUUUUUUUUUUUUGAUGAAAUCUGCUUUUAUUAGGUUAAUGUAAUACAGUAUUUUCAAUCAGUAAAGUAUUGUUUGUAAUUAAUAGUUUAGUCAUUAAUUAGUUUUAUCGAAUAGAAAAAUUAGUAUUACUAUUUUUUUUUUUUUGGUCUGGAAAAAAAAUAUUUACAGUAAAUAUUAAUUAUAUUUUUCAUAUAGUUUUUAUAUCAUUGGUCAUAUUGUUAGAUUAUCAUCAUUAGAUCGUACUUAUACUUAUAUCAAUAUUAUUAAUGUAUUUGCUUUAGUGUACAUUUUUGUUAUUAUUAACAUCACUAUAUUGUUGUGUUUAUCAUGAAAUUAAGUUUGAAUUAGAAAUUCACUUAAGACGUCUUUUGCAAAUCGUUAGAGAAUAAUUUUUUACACUUAAUAGCGCUAUUAUCACAAAAUAGUAAAAUUUGGCAUUACCGAGUUUUGAUAAAAAACCGACGAUCUAAUAAUGUGCACUCAUUAAUCACCGAUAUAUUUGAUAUAGUUGAAAAAUUAAAGGAAAACGGAAAAUAAUUUUUUUUUUUUUUUUUUACUUUCUAACCCCACACUUUAGUCAAUUAUUUUUGUCAUUGAUUAAUAAUAGAUAAAUUAACUAGUUUUGUCUAUAUUUUUGAUCAAUUUUCAUUUAAACAAUCGAUUUUCGAAAUUCGAUUUAAUCAGUUGUAACGUGAUGUUAAUCAAUUCGCAAUUAUUUUAAAUCGAGUCGAGUGAACGUUUUUCUUUUAAUAUUUAAGAGAAUGUUGUAUCUGCAUCUACUGUCUCAGUCCAACUACUGGGUAUAACAUGCUGGGUAAAACAAUGCUUAUGGAGAAUAAGUAAAACUAUCUUGAUUUUUAUUUUAGAAUAAAAAUAUCUAUUAUAAAAUAUAUAUAGAGAACAAUGUUUUAGAGGGAAUUACAUAGGUGUUUUUUGAAUUAUGAAAUAUUAAAAAAAUAGUUACACUUAUUUAAAAAAAAAAAAAAAAUAUUACUUGUUACUUAUUUUGCGUAAACAUUGUUUUUGCAUGUUAUCCGGUAGUCGGGCUGAGACAGUAUAGAUGCGGGUAUAACGUCUUCUUAACUGAAAGCCUGUUUAUUCAAUAUUGUUUUUGUAAUCGAGUGUUUUUCACCGAGACGAAUAUUAUUAUUACAAUACUGAUACUAUGGGGUGGUGAAGGGGGGGGGGAUGAAUUUCUCAAUUUUUAAUUCUGGAAAAUAAAUAUAUGCUUUAUAUGUUUGGAUUAUAUUAUAAGUGGUACAAUUAAUUAGCGAGCGUAUUACGCCUAUCACAAUAAUUUCUUUUAUAUCGGGCCGUUUGUUCAGGUAAUAAGUUACAAUAAUAUUUCGAUUAGGUUUUUUUUUUUUUUUUUGAAGGUUUUCGUUCGACCCGAAUAAUUAUAUAGCACUCGUUAUUAUUAUAAUAAUUAUUACGUAAUGAUGUGUGUAUAUAGGCGUACUAAUAUUAUAUUUUACAUAAAACACGUUGCGGGUAUAGGCGGUGCGCGCGCCCGCGCGGUAUCAAUGAUUUAUUAUAAUAAUAUUAUACACUGUCGGAUACCAGUAUUACAUAUAGAAACAGUAAUUUCGUAAAAAAAAAAAAAAAAAAUUUAUCUAACAUCAAUAAUAAUUAUUGAUAUUAUACGAGCCUAUUUACAAAUCGAACGCAUCGAGACGGCGUUGUACAUUUUAAAACCGCUAUGCAUAGGUAAAUGUGCAAAUUAUUAUCUACAUUACUAUACAGCUGGUAUUUCGUAUUUGAAUGUGUACGCCUAUAUAUUCUGUAUACGCACAUAAUUUAAUUUAUAAAAUUUAAAUUAAUUUAACAUUAUCCGCGUUGCGUACGUGUAGGUAAUAAACGUGUACAAUUUAAAUAGCUUUAGGUUAGGUCACCUCGUUCGUAAUAAUAUUAUGUAUACACAGGCGCCCGUCGCAUCUCGCCCUCCCCAGAAUUCGGAAAAGGCCGUCGCAAAUUGCACUUUUUGUAAACGUAUAAAUUAAUGCGUCUAUUUUAUAACGAAUAUAGUAUAAUAAUAAUAUUAUCGGUAUACAGUAAUACUAUAUACGUUCGUUUCCUAAUGGAAAAGGAGAUCAUAGCUCCCGCCUCCCAUCACCGCCUUUGAAUUUUUGUCUACACAAUAUAUAUAUAUACAUUGAUAAAAUACACAACGACAAUAUCGUUCGGACGUCUAUGGAAAAACAUAAGAUAUUUUGUCAUUAACACAACUUGAAAAUAGUAGAACAAAAAUUACGCGUUUCGCGUAGCCGGUUUAUCUGUAUAACAUCAAUAUAAUGUUACAAAGACGAAACGUAAAACAUUAUUGAAAAUAAUCGCCGCGUUAAAAAAAAUCAUAAUCAUUAUAUUGAUAAGCCCGUUAUAAUAAUUGUUGUCGGAGGUUUUAAAAUUCAAAUUUACCUACAAGCCGCGUGUUAUAGUUUGUGAAUAUUUUCAUACACUGCUGCAGUGUUCGACGUGUUCGUUAUCGGAUUAAUAUAACAUAUGUUUUUAAUCUCAGGUUAUACAAUAAUGAGUAACUGUAAUAUGCCUAGUCAUUAGUCAUUACCGAUGCACGUUUUUUGUAUAGUAAAUUUUAUAACCAAUGAAUACCCGCUCGAAGCGGGCGCUAAUAAAAAUCUACGGAUGGCUGUAAUUAAAAAAUUACCCAAACGUAAAAUUUGUCGACUUUCAAACUCGUUUUGACCCGUUUAUUCGUAUUCUUUAUUGAUAAAUUACAUCAUAAAUGUAAAACACAAUUUAUACGGUAAUUGGAUAGAUAUAACGAUAAACACGUAAUCAAAUAGGUAAAAUUACUCGAAAAACCGAAGAAAUCGUCAUUUGAUCGACUUUAAAAUUAAUUAUCAAAUUGGCGACUCUGCAUAAUACGUGGACUAAAUUUCCAACUUUGGGCCGACACCCGUCCAAAAUGCAUUUUCCUUUCUCCGUCCCUGUAAAUACCUGAAUUUAUUAUUCUCGCGUAAUCACCGUAGUGCUUUUCCCUCUUCAAAAAAGAGCGUAAGUCAAUACCGUACCCAUAUUACACUAUAUUAUAUUAUUAAGACGGGCUAUUCAAGUUAAUCGCGCAGUUCGUCGUUCAAAUUAAAAUUAUUCAGCGUGAUGCGUAUCUCGUAUUUUAAUAAUGUAACAAUGUUCGCGAAAUGAUGAAAUUAAUUUACAAAAACGUAAUAUGUAAUAUAAUGUAAUAUUGUUGAACCGUGACAUUAACGGUUUGUAAAUUAUAAAUAUGUAUUUUACGGCAAAUUAAAAUACAACAAAUAUUGCCUAGCCGUCGUAUGUUCGCGAUUUACGAGCAAAAUUAAUCGACCAUUUUUUUUACGAGUUCGACACGAUUUUCGCACCUAUACAAAACGUACAAUCGCACGCGAAUUUAGUUGCCUACGCCAAACGGCGGCGUGAUAAUAAUACAAUAAAUUGUUCGAUAAACGUUACGAUUUAUUAUCAUCGUUUUAUUAUUUAUCACGGGUCGGACCGGGCCGUCGCGCAGCGCAUUAUUGUGCUAAGAAGGGUUUUCUGCGUCCGAAUGCCGGUGACGCGUCUAUGAGAGGAAGUGAUGGAGACAUUCACCCCUCCCUCCGUAGCCCACAUAAUGUGUGCGCAUUGUUAUUAAACGUGUUCAAAAUUGCUUAUUUUAUACAUUUAAAUGUUUAAACUAACCUUUCCAUCAUGCUGCCUCGUUUUCUGGCUUCUUUUUUUUUCCCGCGGAAACGUUCGGCCGCAACACUGCAGGCGUACGUAUUACGAAAAGUGAAAAAUAUAAAACCGUAGUUUUUCGCAUUCCGUAGUCGUCGUCCUCCCCGUCCGUGGUCGUAGCGAGCAGUAAAUAACAAUAAUAAUAAACCGUCGUACUCAUUAUAACUGCAGUGCCGCCUCUGGAUAUGCGAGGGUCCGGGGCCAUAAAAAAGAUAAACAAGUAUGAAAAGUAAGUUUUACAUAUAGUAUAUGUGUAUAUUUUUUUUUUCUGCGGUCUAGUAUAUUUGUGCUACGCCACCUAUAUAUAAUAUAAUAACUGCGGUGCGAGGAGGUUAUAGGGAAUAAUAUUAUAUAGGUGGUUCGAGAUGACGAAGAAGAAGAAACCUUUUAUAUUACAUUACGUUCUCGUGACCGCAAAAACGUUCACCCGACACCUGGGCCGCCGCCGCCACCGAGCUCAGACGAAAAUAUUAUUAUUAUUAUUAUUAUACGACCUGACCGCUGCCGAUGUAUGUCUUAAAAAAAAAAACAUAUAAUACGCUAUUGUACGUACGUAUAUAUACAUCAGUCGGUCGCGUUUAUCUUUUUAAAUUCCAAUUACCCGCUUUACACACGCGCGCGCUCGCGGGAGCGUAUACUGUUUACAACGCAUUACAUUACAGUAUGGCCACUGCCCAGUGUGUAUAGGUAUUAUUAUGUAGAUCGGGUGAUUUUUUUAUUAUUAUUUUUUUUUCUCAAACCAUGUUUCGGGAGAUAAUGUUUCUUUUUCCUCCGCCGCUGUCACUUGACCGCAUCGCACCAUAUCCAUCGGUUUGUACAUACGGUAUUAUUAUAUUAUUUUGGAAAAUUAUAGACGCAGAUGUACACACGGAUGUUGAAAAAGAUCCGUCUUACGCCGUACGCGACAAUAAUAUAAUAAUAUUUUAUCGGCCCGUAUAGGCACGCACAGACGUUAACAGCAGAUAGGGUGCUGACAAAUACUGUCGCAUUUCUCACCUCCCCCGCAAAUUUAAAUUCACAUAAUAACAAUGUUGGCAAAACCGUAGCACACAUAUAAUAUGUAUAUAUAUCGGAUGGAUUCUGUAUGGUCGCAUAGGUCUCUAGGUUUCGAAAUGAUUAUGAUACGAUUAUGACUACGAAAAUCGACGAAUAAUAAUUGGCAAUCUAGAUCGCGCCACGAGGCAAGUGGUUUUUCGUGGUUUUUCAUAUUUUUGAUAAGAAUCUUUGUGGCCGCUUUUUAGAGACUCUUGGUGUUACCAGUAUAGUAUCUACAUCUGUUUUUCAUCAUUAUCUAUAUUAUCUAGGUGGUCUCACCUCAUUGUUCCUAAAACUCUGUUUUUAUUUCACGUACCGUCCUUACCUAUAAACAGAUUGAUCGUUGUAAUUUUGUCAAAGACUGCAUCCAGUCACAGUCUCUGGGAUAGAUACACUGUUGUGCUUUUAGUUUAACGUAGUUUCUACGUAUUUUAAGCCAGUCCCCCCCUUCUUCCCAUUGGAAAAUCCAAAAACAAAGUAUGCGAAUAUUUAGCGCGUAAUUCGCACGUAGUUUCGUAUGAUGUGUUGCUUUUGCAUUUUUACUCUUCGAUUUUUGUUUGCCGAUUGGUCAACUAUAAAGUCCGAUUAACAGCUGAAGUCGGAAGCGCAAUCCUAUGAAGAAAGAGUUAAAUCCAAGUACUCGACGAGAUGGACGCAUAAUGUGGUUUCUUCGACUUUCGACCGCAAAACACUUCCGUGUCCCCGAGCCGCUAAUUAUAUCGUUUGACUUGUUCCGAAUGUUCGGAUACAUAUAAUAAUAUUAUUAUUUCGUUUUUCUUUCACACGCCUCCCGACAGACUGCCUGAGACAGUCAAAUGGGAACUUGCGAGCGUCAUUUACUUGAGAAGGGGAAUAUUUUUCCGAAAUCGCGUCAGAAUCUGAGUAAAAGGUUUUAAUGUAAUGACGAAUAAACGUUACACAAACCGAAUUGAAUGAGUAUAACUUUUUUUUAUUUUUAACAGUAAUGUCUGUGAUGGAUAAUCUAUUUUCUCGAAAUUUCAUCAGAGAAUAAGCGUGCAACACGAGUAUUACUGUUUUGUACGUUCUUAAAACUACUAAUUAUUUAUUGAACCACAAUAAACAAUGUAAUCACGUAAUAUUUUUUCGUUUAUAGAGUAUUUUUGAUUGUUUUAGAAUUUUUAGGCCAUUUAAAAUCAAUUUGUUCUCAUUUAAAAUGAUUUUUAUAUAAUAUUAUAUAAAAUAUUGAAAUGAUCCACGACGAUGUAACAUGAAUACAUGAUGAUUAUUAAUUUAAAUUGUAUUAUAUCAAUUAUUGUGUUAGCUAUAAAAUAUAAUAUUUCUAACUGUUGUCUGUGGGUGUAAAAGGAGACUCUUACCACCACAGAAAAAUUGCCUUGAUUGCAGGUGCACUCUCAUGCCUCUCUAUCUCCCAAAUGUCGCUACAAAGUACGACCGUUCUUGCGGGCGAAAAUGAUUUCGCGUGGCAAUAGGGAUAAUUCAUUGCCUCUUUCUUUUUUUUUUAAUAUUGCUUAACAAAAUAAUUUCUUGGGAACUCGAGUUUGUUCAUUUGUUUUAAAUAAUGGUAUAGAUAAAAACAAAUUUGAAGAGUUAAAAGUUAGAAAUUUACAAUUUGUAUGGACUUAUUAUAAAGUUGACGUGAUCCCUCUACUAGGUAUGAACAUAUUCUCGGUGACGCAUGUUUUUGAGUCGAAAAACGCGGCUGGCACUUCAGGGCCUGAGAUGAUGGAAAACAAAAAUCAGGUCGUAAAUUGAAUACAUACAAUGAAAGAACGCUACAAUAAAUUCAUUAAAAAAAAAAAUGUAGUAGCUCUACAAGAAACAUAAUAUACACCUCUAAUAUUUAUACGGACGAAUAAAAACGACAAAACUGCAGGGUGGGUGUUAUUAUAAUAUAGGUACCUGCUACAAAACAUAAUGGACGGCAUCAUGUUCGUGAGCGCAGGACCGUAACACGCCCGGCGCCGUAAUUUCGCAUAAAUGCAGUUUGUAAAUUAUAAUUUUAUAGAUAUACGCGUUUAAAAGAACGGAAAAUAAUUAUAAUUAUAUUCCAUUGUAGAGCAAUUAAUUUUCAGUUCACCUUUGUUGUUGUUAUAAUAAUAUAUUGUUCGUCCGUUGUUCCGUUCGAAGACUUAAACGUGUACAUUUUUUAUUUAUUCUAAUAUACAAUUAAUUAAUAUAGUCACAAAAAUGAACGAAAAAAAAAAUAAAAUAAAAAUGAUAAUAAGUUUUAUCUCUUAUUCCCCCAGGUUUUAUUUAUCGGACGAUUCCGCGUGAAAUGUGGUCCGAAAUGAAAGCGUUGUCGGUCAACGUAGUUAUGAUUUUUGAUAGGUUAGUAAUCUUUCGUAGUCUUGCGAAAAAGAUGCAGUUCUGCUGGAUUUGAAUUUGUUUUUCACACCGAUCUGAAAAGUCCAGUGAUAGAACAUUAUGUUGCAAUAUCUAAAUAUGUUGAUAUUUGAAUAUCACGGCGUUUUCUCUGGGGUUUCACUGGAGUUUUCAUUUUUCGUCGUCAUAUUUUGAGAAAUCAUACUGGAAACCGGUACGCUUAAGACGUUGCUUUUAAUUGAUCGAAACGAUGACGGGGUUGAACACCUCGCAUGACACUGUUUGAUUCAAAUAAUUUGAUCUUGACACGUAAUGUUAUUAUUGUACACCGCAUUCGACGAAUCGUAUAUGACGUAUAAUAUUCUGAUAAAAAAAUUUAAACUCUCGGGUUUCCAUAUAAUUUACCGAAAGCGUUUUCUAAUAGACUCGUGCAUCAUAAUGGUCCAAUGUGCAUAUUAUAUUUGUCGGUGAUUCACGAUUCCGUAUUACACGAUUCUGCAUACACAACGACUACGUACAAAAUGGCUUUGAGACGUUGCCGUUGUGACGUUUCGGUCGCGAAAAUCAUGUGGUCGUCAAGUUUAUUGAUUUUCGGACGCGUCAUAAUACUCGAGCGGUAGAGUAAACGAUCGUGUUUUUGGUAGAAUAGUCAGUGAAGACGGAGCGGAUCUGGGUGUUCCAGAAAAACUGUUCCUCAAACGCACAGGCCUCCAAAACUCGCCGAAAAUAUGGGACGUUAUAUCGUGUUUUUAGAAAUUUGGGGAAAAACAUGCAACAAAAAAGUAUCGUCUAAACGACAUAAUACGACGAAUACAAAACAAACAAAACAAUAAAACUGCUUAAUUUUCAUUUUAUUUUAUGCACGUCUUCAUAUCCAAUGGCGCGAUGACGGCAAAACAAAAAAAAAAAAAAAAAACAAAAUCUAUUAUAUUACGGCCGACCGCUCUUUUGUGUAUGUAGAUACUUAAACGAGUUUAAACGGCAGAAAAAUGAACACAUCGGCCCCUACAUAAAAGAACUGUUUCGUUUUUUCUACUCAAAAUCCAAAUCGUGUACAACAAUAAUUAUACAACGAUAUUAUUUUACGAAAAUAUAGUAGUGGUGGACGGCGGCAAUGACGACGACGACGAUGUUUAUCUGCACAACUAUGGGAACCACUAGGUGUAUAUAAUACGAGUAUAAUAUACCCGCGUGGGUACGUGUAUAAUAUACAGGUCCGCGUAUACCGCGGUAACCGGGCAACCCUAUAAUUACGGACGACACUCGAAGCCGUCAGUGUUUUUUUUUUUUUUUUUUUUUUUUUUUUUUUUUUUUUUUUUUAUUAUUAUUAUUAUUAUUAUUAUUUUUAUUCUCUUUUGUCGGCUCUCGGAGCGCACGUUGCGUGGGCGUGGCCAAACACUCCCGCGAGCCUUCUAUCGCGUAUACGCAAACGCACAUAGGUACACCGCACGCACGCGGCUUGGACAUUCCACAGACACGACUCCGUGUAUCUCUUACCUACGAUAAUAAUAAUAAUAAUAAUAAUAAUAUUCCAAUACACCCGUAAGCUUUACCUAACCCCGUAAACGUCGUUAUACGAGACGUAUGUACGCGCCGCCGCCGACGUCCGGGCAAUUUAUUAACAACGUUCGGUUAGAGAAAACGAAUCGUCCUACGCCCGCCACCACCGCCACCACCGUCUCGCGGCGAGACAGCUUUGAGGGCGCUGGGUACGCCGACAUUGCUCGAGGUUUUCUCGCAUGGCGUUGAUACGCGUAGACGAAUGCGAGUAGCGCGGGUGUUUGAAGACCGCGAGCCUUUGGACGGUCGACAGAGGUCUUGGGAUAAUAUAAGCCGGGCCGAAACGAUGUCGAGAAAAUUGACGAGACAAAGUGUAGACGGAAGCCGAGAAAGAGGUAUACCCGACCAGAGAUAAGGUUCCUUGAGGUUAUUAUACAACAGAGAGAUACGGUCACUAAUGGCGCAGACACGUCUUAUUCGGACAUCCGGACUAACGCUGUGUUCUCGGCAUGAGAAUAUGCUUGCCCGAUAUGGGAAAAAUCAGCACAUUCAAAGGAAGUUGAUAAUAUGGUCCUAAAUGAAUCAGUUUGGAAUGAUAACCGGAUGCUCAGUCGCAGCAGGAGGGGAGGAGGUUAUCAGAUAGGAUUUUAAAUCUUGGGGCAUGCAAUUCCAUCGUCACUCCUCCCGUGUAUGGACUGAUACUACCAUAAAAACGUCGACGAUCCAGGAAAAGUUUCUUAAACAGUUAUGAACCACUGAGAGUCCUACCACCGGAAAAACGAACACAACCAUAUGAUGAGGACCACCCGGGUCAUCCUUAGGGGGAACGGGCAGGGCCCAGGCCUUGAGUCUUACAUUUUUUACUUGGAUUUGGGGCCUCACAUUCGAAAAUAAUACUUCGACAUAUAUCGUCAUUGUUGUAGGUGGAAGGUAAGGUAUAGUUGGAAAUUUAAUUUAUAUAUGUAUGCAACGAUAAACCAUUGCUAACGAAGAACGACUCGGAACGAAGUUUCUUUAAAACAUGUACGUAUAUUUUUCCGUUUUUUCCAAUUAUUAUGAAAAUCGAAAAAUGACUUCGUUAAAGCUUAAAAUACCAUCUAGAUAAAAUAUUUUUUCAGAAAUGAUUAGAACACUUGAAAAUCGAAGCGAUAUGUCUGGUAUAAAAAUUGUUGACAAAUAAAAAAAAUAAAAAAAUAAACAUCAUCACAACAACCCAUACAUUUCUCUCUCCGCUCCAAAUCUAAAAAUGAAAAUAUUUUAAAAAUUUCGCUCUGAGCCCCGCAAAUCCUAAUGACUAGAAAUGCUUCCCAAAUUAGAAAUAUUCUCAACUGUGUAACCUCCCAUGUGAACUACGGAUAAUAUUAAAUGGAACAAGAGUAUGCGUUGAGACGGCAAAUACCAAUCUUGUUAAAAACGAGAUCCUGCAGGAUAACCAAACAUGUAGAUGUGGAAAGGUACACACAGAUCACUGUAUCAUGCAGGACGGUUAUAUUCUGCAGCAUUUUCAAGCACCUCGCAGAAUCAUGGACCGUAAAGAUCUACUAUUGACCAUAUAUAAGAAGACUGAGAAAAAAAAAACGAUCAGAUUUUGGUGCAGAGAGAAUGUAAACGAUUGUUGACCAUGUACGAUGCAAGAAGAAGAGAGUAAAUGAACUUAUAGAGAAGGUGGACAAAUUUGCAUAAAUGUAGCGGGGAGAUGGAAGAGUGGAAGGCGAGAAAAUAAUGAGUAUAGUCGAUUCGGCUUGUGUAAAGGCAAAGAAGAAAAUAAUAUUAUAACGUUGUGUAUGAUAUUUUUAUAUCGGUCGAGGAUUCCGUUUCAACGUUUGUCGGUCCGUUGAAACGCUUCACGGGUGUACCGCUAAUUAUUGUUAUCGCCGUGCCGUCUGUGCACUUCGGACUUCGCAGACGGACAAUUCACUUCCCGACAAGCGGCGUUUGCGGGCACACGGCGAUGACCUGCGCGGACCCCUAGCAAAUCGCGAUAGAAAAAUAUUAUGCGCCGCCGUCCUAGAUUCUGACCGUUCGCAACCGCAAACCGUCACGGAUCACGGAUAUAUUUUAAACGAUUAUAAUGAAAUAAUAACAGCGCUCUCGAUAAAAUUAUCAAUUAAAUCGCGCGUAAUUUACCGCGUAUACGCCUACGACCGUUUCGAGAGCCACCGUAUAAGUAUAAUAAUUUCCACGUACAUGAUAUCCACAAUAGGACGCACUAGUUCCUGCGUAUCGCGGCGUAUAAUAGUAAAUUCGCGUUCAGCAGCGACAACUUUGUGCUGUUAGUUUCGAUAUUAGAAUGAAUUGACCUAUUGUAAGAACAAUAUUUGUGUAACCAUAGAGGUUUUUCUCGGCAUUUCAAUUUUUAAACGAGAUACGCGUAUACGCGAACCGUCACAGUUCAAAAACAAUUAUGUGUCGCAUAAAAAUUAACAUAUCGACGGACAUCCAAUGUAAUAUUAUACACGGUGGCGCAGAUAACGUUCUCGCCUUUAACUUUGAUGAUGGGUCAAUUCGCUCUAAUAUCAAAACGGACGGCACAAAAUUGUAUCGUAAACGUAUGUGAGACGAAGACCGCACACGCGGGUAUUACGUCUUCGUGAUAAAAAAAAAAAAAAAAAACCGUAUCUGACCGCCGUUGUUGACGAAGGUGCACUCGUUAUACGCGAGCCGUGUUUAGCGAAUUUAAUUCGCUGUGACCAAACGAUUAUUAUUUAUCGGCACGCGGGCUAAUACUGUGCUGCAGGCUAAUAUCGUCCCGGCAGAGUUUGAUAUAUAUAUAUUUUUUUUUUUAUCGUAUUUUAACUCUUUUAGUUCUAAAUACAAACACUGAAUGAAUCUGAUGUAUGUAACAAUCAACUCGUCUUUAAAACUAUAUCGCUCUUUUUGACGUUUUCGAAUUUUUUCGGUUUUCUUUUCGAGCCAGUUUUCCUUUUUGUUUUAAUUUACUUUUUCGGUAUUUUUAUCAGUAUUUUUUUUUCUCAACAUUUAUACUCAAUAUUCCUUAAAAUCGUAUUAAGUUUCACUACAUUUCGGUGGUGCUUUAUUGAAACAUUGAAAUGGUUUUGUUUUGGAGGAGAGAUUUUUGAGCGCGUUCGAUUCGUUCUUAUAACGUAAAACAACAAUAGUGUAUUAAUAUAUUUUUAGCGUAUUACUAAUGUUUUUGGUUCUGAUCCGCGUGUCUACAAAAUAAAACAUAAAAUCGUGUAUGUAAACAUUUUUUUAAAAAAAAAACCUUUUAACAAUAAUAAAUAAUAAAUACGAAAAAAAAAACUAAAAACUCCGCUUUGCGCACGUAAUAUAAACCGAGAGGCGAUAAAUUUCGAAAAUAUCGAUUCGCUUAUAAUCGUACGGAUUUAUAGACGUGAUUUUUAAUCUCGUUGUACGCGUGUACACUUAUUAUUAUGAUUAUUCUUUAUUCUUAAAGCGUUUUUUUUUUCUUUAUAAUACCGCAUGCGUAUAGCGGACGACGACUAUACGAUAUUAUAAUAUACGAUAGUACGCGUAAAAAGACCGCGACGACGACGUAUUUAACGCUUACUCGUAUACGUAUUUAAACGCGCGAGAGUCCGAAAUAGAUUAAAGGGAAAAUCGGUGAUUCUUUAUUAUUAUUAUUUAAUUUUUUUUUUUUUUUUCGUUCGUUCUCCUCGUAAAUUAUUACCACGAAUAUAUAAUAUACAUAUAGAUAAUUUUUUUUUUUCCUUAACACCGAGUCCGUUCCACAUUAUACGUGUGCGUAUACCUAUAUAGGUGUAUGUAUACGAACGGCGGCGGCGGCGGCGGCGGCAGUGGCGGCGUCCUUUGCUUCACACCAAAUUUGCCGGGCACACAAACAAAACGCGCUCGCGGAUAGGUCUCGCGUAUGCACACACACACACACACACACACACACACGCACGCGCACACACAUACGUGCGCGCGCGCAGAACCGGUUGAUUUAUAUUAUAUAUUAUUAUAUAGGAAAAUAUAAUAAUAAUAAUCGUAUAUUUAUACGUGUAACAGAGCUGGAAACCGGUCGUGGCCUACAGGCGCAACACCUACCUACCGUAUUCCCACAUAUUAUUAUAUGUUACAAUAAUGUUAUACGCGUUAUACCGAGCGAGUAUAAUAUCGUAUACAAUAUUGCAUACAGGGUACCUGUGUUAUGUGUUAUUUAUAAAGGGAGACGCGCCGCCGCCGCCGCCGCCUUUACGCGAUUGUUAUUGACAAUUUUGAUGGUUGUUGACGCGCGCGGCGGAUUCCGUGUACACGAUGAUACCGCGGUAUAUCACGCGCAUUAUAUCGUGUAGGCGGCGCUCUCCCGUAUUAUAAUGGCAAUAUACACAUUUAUCUUUGUAAUAAAUACGCGAUACGAGUUUACCCCCGUCAGAGAGAGAGAGACGGACGAAAAAUGGCGAAAUAAACAAAUUUCGAUCGCUUUGCCGCGUGCACUGUACAAUAUUAUUAUAUAUUGCCCACUGCGAUGUCUAAUUUACGGCUAUUUCAGUGCGACGUAACAUAAUUCUCGCGGGAACGACGAGCAAAAAACGUUUUUUUUUUUAAAUUUUUUUUAGGUAUUUGUUUUGCGGAUUUCGCGAUCGAAUUUUUUAUUAAAAUAAUAAUAGUUGUCAAUCGAUAACGCCCGUUCCGUUUGCGAAAAAAUAUGAUUCAAUAUGAUGUGUGUCUAAUAAAUUCUCGAAGUAUCAUUUACACACAUGUAAACAAACUAAAUACUGCCGAUUGAUGGAUAAUACGUGAAGUUUUUCAUUCGAUUCGAGGCCUGGGACGGGGGUCAGUGUUAGUCCUCAGUCCGACUGAUUAGGAAAACAUGUAAUUGAACACGACCUCGAGUAUUCCAAACAUCGAAUUAGUAUUAUACAUUGAGUGUUUUCAAUAAAUGACUGUUUCCAUCCAGGGGCGAAUUGAGACUUCAAACAGUAAAAUUGUAUAAUAUAUAGUGGACCCGGUGGAAGAUUUAAACGCCAAAAUGAGAAAAGAAAAAAGACUCGUAUCGUACAAAAGCGCAAAAAUAUAAAAAACCAAAAACGUAUUUCUCUGUGACUUUUCAUUCCCGUCUAUAUCACUGCAGUUAACCAUUGUUGUCUGUAAAUGUUUGAAAAUGCAUUUUCUUUUCGUCCUUUAGGAAUUGAAUUUUUCAUAAAUCUUUUCUUUAGCAGUUGUCUCCCUAGUAGCCUAGUCUAUUUGCGCCUGUGCUACAAACCCUCCCUGAGUUUCAAGAAAUAUGUGAGUAAAAUUUAGUGCCAAUUAGUUCGGUGGUUUUCGACUAUAGAUCACGAACGAAUAUUCAUUUUUAUAAUAUAUUAGAUUGUCAUCUUGUUUUGCCACGAUUUUUUAUAUAAAAAAAAAAAGACCGUACAUAUAUUGUACACAUAAUAUAAAUAUAUAACACAGCAAUUACUCCGGCGGACCAUUUUAACUCGUCCGCACGCGGCCCAUCGGGAAUUUUCCCGUUUGUCCAUCCGUCCCUGGUUCCGUCGUAUAUUUGACGGCUUCGUGGCAAAACCUCGUAAAAAAAUUAAUUAGUUGUCUCUAUUUUCCCACACAGUUUGAUAGUAUUCGCCGUACAACUUUAGCGGUGUUUUCAUAUGACAAUAGAUAAAAUAAAUAAACACAAGCCGACUUACGAGGUUUUCGAUCAAACGGUUUGCAUCUGCAUUAAAUCCUCGUGUGUUAAAUUUUUUGAAAAUUCGAAAUUCGUUGGUUUAUUUGGAAAUAGUAUAAAAAAAAAAAAAAAAAACGUUACAUUUAGGUAUAGUAUAAAGUGAAAAAUAAAAAAAAUUAUCAAAAUUGUAAAUGGCAAAUUUUGAGCCCGUCACAAUGUUAUUCGCUUCUCUCGCAGCACACAACUGUUUGAAAUCGGCUCGCGAUAUUUCGUCCACGAAUCCGUCGAUACGACGGGCCGGACGGUCCCGGGCGGUUCGGAUCCUCGGAGAUUUCAAGAUUUCGUGAACGACACGUGUUUUUACUCCGGUUUUACAACGCCGCGCGUAGUGUGUACGCAUCGCGGUCCAUAUAAUAGUCGUCAGCGACGUUUCUCGACGUUUUUACGUCCCGUGAUGGUGUAUGUAAGGCCGUAAACGAUUAACAUAAUGGUGCCCGGCAACGUACCGCGUAAUAUUAUAGCCGCCGUGUAUUAUAUUUUGAUUCCGGUCGAACGGGCUACCCGUCCGAAACGUGCGCGUUACUCCGCGGGUCUGUCGACGGCGACUCCGCGGACGUCGUCGGGGCCGUACGAACCGUCCGGGGGGGGGGCUCUCGCCGCGGCCGAGGACUCGAAACGCGUACGCACCAGGAUCAGGUUCGUGUUUACACGCCGGCGCGUCGUUAAUACGCGGCCCGGCACAAAUACGACGCGGCGUCGUAAAGUGCGCUGCGCCGUAACACCCGAAACUGUAGUAUUACACGCGUAACGGGUAUUAUGGUCUCGCAUUUAUAUUGUAUCGUAGGUGCCAUUCCACGUGGGUAGGCCGACCAAUUAUAAAAUGACACAGUCGGACGACCGUGCUGGUCCGCCCCCACAACACGAGAAAACACGACGCGUGGUUACGCGCUGUACCUAUAAUAUAACGUUAUGCAUAAUAGCCGAGCACAAUGUGUGUUGCUCGCUAAGUGAUUUUUUUUUUUUUUUUCAAUUUACACGAAAUAUUCUAAACAAAAAUUACCCAAACAAUAUUGCAACGCGAGUUUUAUCGAUACGUUUUAUUGCAUCUAAUUCGUUUUUACGCACAGAUUUAUCCACAGGAGUAUAACACUAUAGUGUAUAGUCGGUUUUUUUUUUUUAUUCCAGUUAAUGUUUUGCUCAUAAACCGAUAUUUUUAAUUUGUCUGUAAAAAAAAAACAUAUUUUAACAACGCGGGUAAGUUUCGGGGUAAACACGUCGUCCCCCGAACUCCCUCUAAUUACGCCCUCCCGUUGGGUUUGCCGAGCGAGUUCCAUUCCGAAAUAACGAUAAUAAAAUGCGUUUUCGUGUAAUUUGUUUAGUUUCUGAACAAAACCAGGAACGUAUUAGUUUUCUUAGGUUUGAUGUGUUGUUUUCUUAUUUGUUUACUUUUGUCCAACCAAAAGUUUUGUAGGAACUUACUUGGUGCGUUUUUUUAUCAAAUUAAUGCAACGGGGAGAUAAUUAUUUGAUUUUCUUUGUAAGAUUUCUUAGUAAAUGAAAAUAAAUUGUGAUUCCAUGUAUAAUUUUCGUUGAUGUCUGGGUUAAUAACCGAAAAAUCAGACUAAUAAUAAUCUGCUCAGAAACGUUUUUCGUUAACAACUGUUUAUAGUUGAAUAUAUAUGUAUACCUACAUGUAUAAAUAAAUCAAUGUAUUUUAUAAUACAUACUCUCUUUCAGAUUCCCUCCUGAAAUAGAUAAAGAUGGCACUAUAGCAUCAGUAUUACCGUCUUCCUUUUUUUUUUCCUCUUACGUCGUCGGAUAGGGAAAUCAAUGCAACUGUGGCGAGUCGGCUACACCCUAUUUUAUAACGUAUCAUAUACAAUGAACAUAUAUACGGUUUAUUCAACGUUGUAGCGCAGACCCUUCGCUCCCGGGGGCAGGGAUAUUAACGACGAGGGCGAUGAUAUUAUGAAUGUAUGUACAUUUUGGGUGGUCGACGUGUGUAAAUACUGCAGUUGAGUUUUCAUAUUUUAUUGUUAUUUGUACAUAUACGCGUAAUGAUCGGAGGGGCCGCUGUGUCUGACCGCAUCGGUAACAUAAUGAAGCUCAUAAAAAUCGCCACGGGGUAUCUCGUCGAUUUGUGCGUGUGCUUUACGAUUUGUAUACCUAAUCGUUUACGAAAUGUAUCAAAAAAAAAAAAAAAAAAAAAAAAACCGCGGAUUUAUAUAUAUAUAACAUAUGUGUAACAUGUGUAUGUUCACGCCAUGGGUAGGCCACUGUUGUAGGUUGGGAAGUUGGUCCGGUUCGGUAUAGGAUGCAAAAUUAUUUAUUAGUUAUAAACGGAAAUCAAAUAUAUGUCAUCGCAAUCCAAAAACGAUUCUGAGGUUAUAGUUUUAGCAAUGCUAUAUUAUAAUGUACGAGUUAUAUAAAAAAAAAAAAAAAAAAAAAACAUUACAAUUUUAAUAAAAAUAAACGUUCGUCCUUAUAAUAUUACGUAUGAGUUGCAGUCAAAGGUGAUUAUUAGAAAAUGUCAAUAGCCAAAAAUUAUAUGUACAGGGAAAUUUCGUUAGAAAUCGCGUUUCGUACUAAAAUGUUUGCCUUUGUCAGGUCAGUAUUAAUAAUAAUAACAACACAAGUUUUCUAAAUGAAUGGUACAUUAUCGUAUAUUGUAAUUAUUUUAUUAAAAUGAAUAAUGAGUGUGUAAAACGUCAUUGCGCUCAACUUAAUUGGGAAAUUACAUCAGUGGUGUGACUAUAGGACAUUUUCGCGAGAAGUGUCCGCUUAUAAUUCAGACUCCUCCCCGCCGUAACUUUCCGAAUACUUUACUGGUGUUCUGCGAUCUAUAUACUGCAAAAAAACGCCAUCGAUCGUAGACACAAAACACCUCCGCUUUGCUUGUGCCACUGAAUGACACGGUCAAUGUAUUUUUCAAUAUGGGACAGUUUUUUUUUUCUUUUAAUCAGUUUCCUUUGUUUCAAAACGAAAACGUAUUUAACUACUCCACUGGUGUUCACGGUAUAUAACAUACAUUGUUAAUAAGUUAAAAUACUAUAAAAAAAACUAUAAUACUAUAUAAAACCUAAAAGAGCGAACAGCACACCGUCAUUGAACUGAUAAAUAUGUGUGUGUAUUAUCACAGUUAUACAAUUCUAACCAACCUAUAUAUAUUCUAACCUAUCAACACUAUUACAAUAUAUUUUAAGGUUUAAUACCUAUAACUUGUAAGGUACUACCGCGGUAUAAUAUUUACACAGGUGCCUAAUUUUAUGUAUACAAUCUUUGUUCUUCAGUAGGAACAUAAAAUUUUAUGCCGUAUAAACACGUACCUAUUAUAUUAUAUAGGUAUACGUACAUAGGAGUAGACCUCACUGCAGUGCAGUUAAUCAUAAUCACCGUGAUUUUCGUGUGUAAUUCGCGUGUUUUACGACCUGGAAAAUAUAUAACUGGUAUACGACGCAAAUCGUGAAUGCCGCCUUAUUAUUAUGAUAUUAAUAAAAUUACCGCCUCCCCCCCCCUUCAGAGGUCAGGAUCCGUUUCGGUGAACCCUGAAGAAGAAGAAUAAGAGCUGAUACUGGAGACGGAUGCGGCCACUGUUGAGGGUGAGAAGUUGAGCAGGUAGGAUACGUAAGGUUAUUUCAUUUAUAUCUGUAAAUAACGAUAAACCAUUGCUGACGAGAUACGAUAUCUAGCGCCGGGGGCCUAUUAUUGAAAUUAUUUGACUUUGUUGCAUGCGAUAAACACGUUUAUCGCACGAAUUAAAAAAGGCUAUUCUUGAAAAGCGAUAAAAUUUAAUCGAAAAAUUAUCAUACAAUAAGUUAACUACUGGUUUAAAGCCAGUAAUAAAUGUUAGUCGCAUGAUAAUAAUUCUUUAUUUAUAAUAAAUGUGAUAAAUAUUGAUAAUACGGAUAAGUAAUACAUUUUAAAAUCUGUUAUUUUCUCAAUUAUAUUUUUGACUUUGCUAUUUUAAUACCGUUUACCUAGAAGAUAAAUAUUUUACAAUGGCAAAUGUUGAAGAUAUGGCUGCUUUGUUCGCUAUUGACAAUAUUUAUCAACAUGAGAAUUUAAUUUACGUGAGACAAAUGCGAAAAUCAGAAUUUAUAACGGAUCCGUUCAUCCUGUCAAAAAAAUUAUUUAUUAAAAACUUCCGACUUAUAAAAGAUUUUGUUAUUUUUUAAUGGAAUUAUUAAGACCACAAAAAUUGAAAUAAAAAGUCAUGUAUUUGCUAUUGAUUUAAAGACAAAGGUAAGUUCAUAAUCAGUUUUACAAAUAUAUUUAUUUAUAUAAUUUACUGGAACACAAUUGUGUAACUUUGGCUAUAAGCUCCAUUAAAAGUUUUAUUUAGCUUUGAGUCGGUCUAGCUUUAGACAUUAUACAGAUAAAAUAAAUGAACAAUUAUAAAAAAAAAAAAAAAAACUAGGAACAAAAAGAAACUCGUGAUUUAAUUAAGAUUUAAAAAUAAAUUAAUGUGCAUACUUAUUUGUACCUAAUUACAUUUUUAAAAUAAUGUAAUAACACUUAACACUUUGUUAAUUAAAACUAUUUUAUUACACACUUACCUAAUUGACCAAUGAAUUUAAACAACAGAACUUGGUAACAAGUAACUAGUACCUAGUUAUAAAACUAGAAUCUUGUUUUUUUUUUUAUCUGUGGAUCUAGAUUUUGUAUUGUUACCACAGUGGUUCAGUCGACAUACUUUAUCGCAUUCGAUAAGUAAUACAAUCUUAUCGAUUCGGUACAAGAAUACCAAUUAUAUAUCGCAUGCAAUUAAAAUAAGUCUCAUGCGAUAAAAUCAAUGACUUUUAUCGCAUUAUUUCAAGAAUUGGCCCCCAGUUCGGUAAUACAUAAUUUGAAGUGCCAUAACUUUUUUCAACCUGACCUUCCUAAGUUUUUUCCCGAUUAUUAUGAAAACUAGUUCGAAAAAACGAACUGCGUCAUUAAUAACAAGAUUAAUAAAAAAAAAGUCUCUUGUCGUUUUUCAAUUGGAGCCAUAUUUAUGCUAGGUAGGUACUUAUUUAAAAUAACGAAAUCGUGAAAAAAUUUUAUUUUUUUCCCCCGGUUAAUCGUUUUUAUUUUAAAUGCCGUUUUGAAAAUCAAAAAAUAACUUAUGUAUUUACCAAGUAAAUAAAAUUGACUUUCAGAAAAGGUACUAUGCGUAUACAUCGGAACAAGUUUUCUAGGAUAAAAAUGGUCUACAGUAUAUAUAUAUAUAUAUACGUAUAAAAAAAGUACCAUUGUAAAAAAAUGUAAAAAAGGAAAAAAAUAGUCCGGUGAUUUUGAAAAGUUUACCACGUCUAGGUAAAUCCAAUAUAACAAUUAUUACCAAGUUUCAAGUCUCUACGUGUAUUUAUAACCGAGUUACAACAAAAAAAAAAAAUCUCCUUAUAAUUAAAAUGAGUAACCAUAGUAGGGUUACUGGCCACCCCAUACACUGUUUCAAGCGAUACACCAAAAUAUGCGACAUUUCCGCCCGACGAUAAUAUUAUUGUAUCUGAAAUAUUUAUCGAAAUCGUUCCAUACCGAAAUAUGCAUGAACUGCAUUACGUGUGUAAAUCGUAAAUCCGGUAUUCCUUAAAACUACUGAAAUGUGUUAGUUGGAAAUGCGCUUUUACGACUACAUACGGGGUCCUCUACCACGCUUCACAAGCAUCUAUUUUGGCUAUUCUCAGCCGUCAGUACAGUCCAUGGCUCCGUUCCAUAUAGCGCUACGCUCCGCACAAGGUUUUUUUUUUCGGGUGAUUUUCUGGUGUCCAGACUCACUAUAUUAUCGGCUAACCAUUGCGUUAUCAAUUACCACGCGUCGCAAUGCCGUUUAUUUCGUUCGGUUAGGACGGUAUGUAGUAACCUACAUAACGCCGAAAUCGCCAACACGACUCGUUGGCAGACUGGCCGCAGUGACCGGGUUACGUUUGGUUGUUCGUCCGAACGCGCCUAUAUCGAUAACGAUAACGAUCUAUACCUCUCGACGGGUCGCGCGUUGUCAAUAAGUAAUAACGGAACGGAAAUAUCGCGCGCGUAACGUCCGGUAAUAUUCUAAUUUUCGCGUGUUUCUCGUCGAAAACAAUUAUACGCAUUAUCGCCGGCCCCGCGGCCCCCUCGAUAUUAUUACGAAAUAUAUUUUAAUCCCCGGAGUCGCCGCCGCGGACGAGUUAAUGACGCCCGGGGGCACGGCGGCGGUGCGCGAGUGUACAGGUUUUUUUUUUUUUUUUUUAUUACGAUUAUUAUUAUUUUUGAUAUUUAUUUAUUAUUAUUUUUUUUUUUUCUUCUCCGCGGCCGUAUACGCACUGCUCGGCGGCUGCGUAAACGUGUAGGCGAUUAUAAAAAAAAAAUACGCCCGUUUUACGAUAUUUAUUUAUUAUAUUUUUUUUUCUUUCUUAAAUUUAUAUAGGUACAUUUUUAUACGCUCUCUAUCCCUCUUUCUCUCGGGUCCGUCCGUCGUCCGUUUCUCGUUCUCGUAGUACUAUUACCGCACCACCACCACCAUCACCAUCAACCCCCCCUCCCCCCGUCCCGUAAACGAGUUAUAAUCAACGCGCGGCGCGCUUAGAAAAGAAAACCAAACAACAGUAAUUUAAAUAUAUUUACGUUGCCGCCGCCGCCGCCGGGGGUUUGCAUCCCGGUGUCGAAGUUACGCCGCGCGGUUACCGGUCGCGGUGCCCGCACCGAUCCCCGCGAUAUUCUGAACGCGCACUGAACUCGAGCGUUUGAAGUUCGCACCCGAAGCGACGGCGCAUUCGGGAUUUCGCCGGCGGAAGAGGCGGGAAACGCGCUUGGAAACCGUGUCGUAUAAAAAACGUGAACAACUUACAGAAAACAAAAACCCCCGCCGAUAUUUGCUCAUAUAGUAGUCGGAAGGCAGGCGGGUAUAGCGUAGGGUGAUUUGAUUUGAAUACGUACGCAACGAUAAACCCCAUCGCUAACGCCGAAAAAGUAACACGGAUGAAAUGAAGAAAAUAUUCAAAAAACAAAAAAUAAUAGACAUGCUUCGCACGUGGGCGCAGCCACUGUGGUAGGUGGGAAGUUGGGAAGGUAGGAUUCAGACGGGAGUUUAAUGUAUAUCUGUGAGCAAUCAUUGCUAACGAAAAAACGAUUCUGAGCGGAGUUCAGUUGACUGUGUUGCUUUGUCAACAACAUAUAUGUCAUAUUAUUGUAAAAUGAUUUCAACAAUGUUUGUUUACGUGAAAACGAUUGUUUAAAAAAUAUUUAAAAUAUAAAAACUUAAUGAUAACAAAACAAUAAAUAAAAACGGUUGCCAAUAUUACAACUUUAUUUUUAAUCGUUCAAUCAUUUAGCCUGUAAAACCAGGUGUUCCUAAUUAUCUUGAAUAUCAAUGAGAAUUUCAAAAAAAAAAUUACAUCUCCAAAGUAUCGCCCAGAGAACAUUUCCUAUCAGAAAAGAUGCUUUACUUGAUAAUCGGAGUGUGCAUUCUGGUAGAAAAAGUGUUCACAUAAAAAAAAUAAAAAAUAAAACAUAAAUAAACACAUCUGUAGAACCGAUAAAUUCUCUGCUAAACCAUCGGAAUCUAAAAUCUAUCGCGUAAAACGGAAAUCUGCCGGGGGGGGGGAAUCGUGAAAAUAUACCGUACACGCGGCGCGCUGUCCGGAGGAACGGUCGACCCUCGCGGUAACGGGUCCCCGUAGAAAACGGGCUGUCGAAAUGUACAGUGUGUGUAAAUACGCUACCGAAGCCGCGGGACGCGGGCGGGUCCGGCGACGGGUGUGUGUGUGUGUGUGUGUAAACACCUGGUUACCGCGCGCGUUCGGUAUAUAACGCGCGUACGCGUUUUGUAUACGCGUGUGUAUAGACGCGAGAUACGUACGCGCGUGUGCGUUUGUGUGUGUGUGCGCGCGGGCGCGUGAUGCGUAUGAGCUACGGCGGCGGGGGCGAAGGGGUACGGGCCGGCUAGGAAAACCCGUCGGCGGCGGCGGCGUUGGCGAGAAGAGCGCGCGGUCCGGGCUUCUCGCAUCACGUCCGUCUACGCCGCCGCCGCCGCGUCGGCUCGCGCACCCUAAUUACUGGGCACCGGCUAAUUGCCCCACACCUGGACCGUAUAUUACGUACGCGCGCGCACACACACACACACACACGCACACGCACGCACGCACGUAAUAUAUAAACACGUACGCCGCCGUCGACUCGCCCCGAUCCGUAACACCUAUCUGCGGCGGCGGCGGCACAAGAUCUCUAUAAUAUAUCUGUAUGUAUGUAUGUGUAUAGCUCGCUAUCGCUCUCACGAACUCAUUUAUACACGUACGUAUAUGUACGUGUACGCGUGUACGCGGACGGCGAGUGUUGUUCGGGUCUACCGUGUGUUUGUCGAUCGCUAAUGGUUCGCCGCCGACGGAGUAGAGGGAAAAAAAAAAAAAAAAUUAAACUCACAAAAAACAAAACGCGUCCGUGUAUAUUAUUAUUACGCGCGCGGGUAUACCUAUACUUACGUACGAAUAUACGAUGUUGUCGGCGGCGCGGACCCAACGCGCGUUAUGAACAUCGUGUUUUGUGUUGUACACACAGAGAGCGCGCGAGCGUAGGGAAAAGGAAAAAAAAAAAACAAAAAACAAACGAAAACACUAAAACCGCGCAAUAGCGGCGCGACGAUAAUAAUUGUGUACAUUUGAUCGCGUAUGCGAAGCGCGGCACGGUUUUCGGCACCCGCCGGUGUUCCCGUCGUAUUUUUAUUUACGCCGCUUUUGUAUUCGCUUCUCGCCGACGGACCGCGGUACAUGACCGGGCACGUAAACGCCGUCGGUUCGCGCGUAAGUGCGUGUCAAGAGCAGACCGUUACAAGCACGAGCGAGAAGUAAUCGCGCCCGUUCGCGGCCAACGCUGUUUGCCCGGAGACCGGACGAAUUCUCACACGGAGUUUUGCACGGAUUGUAGCCCCUCUUUUACGGGACAGUGGCACGGACGAUACACAACGGGGAAAGAAACAAAAAAACAUUCGAAGCUUAUCAAAGACGGUGCUGGAGAAGAACGAACGUACGGAAAACAAUAUGGAAAACGAUCGGAGAAAGGAGGAACAAAUGGAUUGCACGCAUAACGAGACACAUAAUAAAUAGACAACGCGACAAUUAUAGGAGGAAAAGCUUGCAGAGGUGGACCAAGAACACCGUUUAUGAAACAGAUCACGGAAGACAUAUUCACAGAGAAAUUAAGUUCGUUAAUGUUUUCGAAAUUUCAAACGCGUUUUUUUUUUUUUUUUUUUUCGGAAUUUCGAAUACGUCUCGGGCCGCGUUUUUUUUGUUUUCGUUCUAAUUACUUUCGUACUGCGCGUUACACGCACACGUCUCCACAGCCCUAAUCACAUUAUUACUUUGUUUGUGUGUGUGUGUGUGUGUGUGUGUUUGUAUACGACCCGCGAGGAAUUCUCAACGGGUAACAAGCGUGUAAGUACACGCCGCGCGCGCAAUACCUCUGUUUUUUUUUUUUUUAUAUGAUACGCCGCCGUCCGUUCGAGUAACCGACCGGCCGUUUAAAAUCGAAUUAUUCAAACAAACAGUGGUAGUUCGAAGACGCCCGACCGGACACGAGAAAUACGCAACGGCGCCCCCGUCGCCCCGCGCAACACAAAGCGAGUGUCGUACACAAUACGCGGCGCGCUGCGCACACGGGGCGCAGAGCCGUACGCGGUUUUUCUCCGGCGCGUGUACGCGCGGACGAAUCGGCCCGGCCCGGUCACGGCGCGAUCGCCGCAGGCGCGUACCGGGGCGCCCGCGAUAACGACGUCACGGCGGAACGGCGGUGGUCCGGGUGUUCGACCGACGCGCCGCCGGACUCGGACGCCCGGUACGGCGCGCGCGUAAACGCAACGCCGACGCCGUUUGCGCGACGCGAGCGAUGCGACAGUGGUGCCGUUGUUCGGCUCGCGGACGGCGUCUCGCAAAAUCAACGCGCGUGGUUAUACCGUUGUUGUUGUUGUUGUCGUCGUCGCGCGCCGCGUUUUUUCGGCACACACGCCGCGUCGGAGUCACGCGCGUAAAACGGGUACGCGCGUGAGGCGGGGAGGCGGAAUGAUAAAGAAACGAUUAGUUAUUACUGCGACGUUAUUACCGGCGAUUAUCGCCCGAAUCCUGUUCCGUUCGGACGGCGGGGCGAUUUUUUUUUUUUUUUUCUUUUAUCCCGUUGUUUACACGCGGUUUUCACUUUCCCCGCGCGUUCGCCGAAACAACAAGACACGGCUGUGCGGGCGCGUCGCGCGGUCCCCGGUUGUUCGGGAAGACCGCGUACCGUAAGGUCCUGUAAAAUGUUGUUUGAAUGUUCUGCGACGGUCCUACACUGUUGCACCAUAGAGGUGUUGACGAAACUCCAUUCCCGCCGUCUCCGCGUCUGCCAACGUCUACCGGUCGCCCCGGUCGAUAUUUACCGGUUUUUCCGAUUUUUUUUUUAAUUUCCGUCGAUAUUAUGUUGGCCGUUUUCCGCCAGAAAAAAAAAACAAAAAAAAAUGUUUGGAAACCAAUGGUUUUAAUUCGUAUCGAUACGACGUAUGUGCCCGACGUCUAGUUUAAUCUGGUUUACCGUAACCUAUUUGUAACGAUUCAACAUCAUUUAAUCGGUUGUUUCGUAAUAACAUGAAAAAUAUUGCGAAGAGUGAACAAAAUAUUAAAGAAAUUAAAAACAAUCUGCCGGCAGAAGAAGCAAUUAUAAAAAAAAAUAAUAAUAAUAAAAACGCUAACGCAAUCAGCAUAGGCGCACUUUUAUUAGAACGGUUUCAAUUUAUUUAUGCGAUUAUUCAAACUUAUAUUAUAAUUAUUGACCGUUCAUCGAUUUUUAUUAAUAUUAUUAUUACUACACCUAACGGUUUUUUUUUUUUUAAUUUUUAUUAUCUAUUACUUGUAUUGGGUAUUAUUUUACUAUGAUAUUUAAAUGUAACGGAUGCUAGGUGUGUAUGUGUGUGUGUGUGUGUAUUUUUUUUUUAACAGCUAAUUUAAUUUUUUUAUUAUUGGCUUAUCGGCCGUAACGAAUUAUGCUAUUAUCGUCACGAACAGGUACGAGUUCUUUAGGCGCAUCGUGCGUGGUUCCCGAACAAUAUUUGGCAGAGACGUAUAAGGAAACUCGGAAAAGGGCUAAAUGCCAUGCACCCCUUUUAAUAUACUCCGUCUGCUCGGCGCUUUCGUCGGCCUUUCCUUUGGCCUUUUACCCGCCGGUCUGCGUUCUUCGACUGUUCCGGUUUACGGGUAAAGUCGAAUCUCGCUAUGUGGGGAUAAAAACCGACAAUGGUCGAUCUGAACUCGGGUCAACAACAAUCAAAAAAUGGUAUUUUAAUAAAAAGGUCCGAACAACAUAACCUUUCAAUUCAAACGUUUUCCUUCUCGCUUAUACGGUUUCGUCGUUGACGUGGUAAAAAAAGGGGUUUCUUUUCGUCAAAAUUAAAAAAAAAAACGCUCGUUGAGCUUAUCGAACCAUCCUUCAAAAUAACCUUUCUGACGUUAAAUGCAAUUAUUCGACUAUUCCCCUGUCUCCCUUUCAGGUAUCGAAAAAAAAAACGUACGGAAACCCGGUGAUCGUACCACUGCUGGUCUCGCGGUAAUAGUAUAGUCAUUUAUUUCGUUGUUCUGCAGCCCGCCGGAAAAUAAUAUCAUAAUCGACAUGCACCGGCAUUAAUAAACGAAAACAAUUAUUUUUAUUGUUUCAACGUGUAAUUAUUAUUACACCGAUUAUUAUCGCGGCGAUACUUCCCCGCGAGAAACCCGUUUAAUUACCCGUUUUCAUACGGUGUUUUUCUUUUCACCCGAGCCGUCGUCUUCCCGAGUUAUUUCAGAGGAAAUUGAAAAUUAUUUUUACGACACGCGUACUUUUCGAAUAAAGCGGUUUUCAGAUGACGUUUGUUGUUUAUGUAUUAUCCGCCCGAAUUUCGAAUUCAUUAGAAAAAAAAACCAAACAAAGUUAGACACGCGGUUACGUGAAAUGUGUUAACGCACGAGCUUGACAAUUAUGAGCAAUUAUGAUGUAAAUUUAAUUUUUUCUGAAUGUCCCAGAGCAAUGAUUUCCAAGCACAAAAUUCGUUUCAUAUAUCAAACAGGUAAAGUAUGAAACUUUUGAUUUGCAUCUUUUGAACUCUUUUUUUUCAUUUUUAGAGCAUAUUUUGACAUAUAAAGUGAAUGUUUAGAUUUCCAAGCCAUUUUUUUUCUUUUAAUAAACUUCAUAGUGUUAUCAGAAAAUUUGAUAAAAUUUAUUUUGAUUUCAUUCAAAAAGAAAAAAAAAUACAUAUUUCUAUUUUUAACCUAUUUUAUUUCUAUGCUUUUAGAAAAUUUAAAUCCGCACCCUAAUUAUUAGUCCACGUGUUUCAAUGCAAAAUGCAUUUAUUUCGCAUUUUGCCGACUUACCGCUCUAGAACGAUGCAUUCCAACUAAAGGAAAGUACACAACUCGAAUCGCGUAACGGCUAAUAAUUUAUAAAAGAGAAACUUUUAUCGUGCGUUUUUUCACGUACUUUGAUCGUUUUGUUUUCCAUUUUCGGGUAAUUUUUCGUGGACAACUCGCGUUCUAAACACGAAUUCCCGCAAUUCAGCUGCAGCAGACCUUAUAAAUUGAUUUGCAUACAUCAUGCUGUAUAUAAUGUUAAGGACAUUGAUGGCGGGUGACUGUGUGCAGUGUUUUAAUCGAUUUAGAUUCUAACAGCCCGACAAAACUGUAGAAAUUGUGUUCGACGGAAUCCGAUUUUAAAAGCCGGACCGGAUUCUUCGUGCUCUGUGCUAGGAUGUGUAUUGUUGGAAAUAGACAUUUAAUAUUACUCUACUGGAAGUCGUGAACAGAUAGAAUUGAUUUUCGUAAAAUUUUCGAAAAACCAUACUUCGCCUCUUACCCGCGACAAAUGUAAAUAAAAUGCGCCCGAAGAACCUAUGGAAACGUGACCCGUUUGCGGAAUCGUGAUCCGUCGAACGCAAUCCAUACGGUUUUGUCCGGCCCUUCGUCCAAAACCGCCUUACCGCCUCCGCCCAAAUGGACGGUAGACCUCGUGGAAAAGUCUUGUCGUCAACAGUGGCUACGUGGUAUCCGCACGCGCCGUGUCCGUGUUACGAACCCCGGGAUUUAAACGUUGAACACGUUGGAUUUGCAACGUUCGCUCUCGUUUUCCGAUGUUUUCAUUUCCCCGGCGAUACACACACGCGCUAUUGAACAACAGUGACGUUUCAUCGCACAUCUCUGUCGUACAAGCAUAGGCGUUUUGCAUUUUUUCGGAUUCGAUUAGUCGCUGUUUUUAAAACGCCGACGGUUGUCCGCGCAAAGCCGGGGUACGAUAGCCGGUGUGGUUGUAACACUGUUGCACAACGCACGCUGUCCCGAAACGACUAAUCGAAUUAACUUUUUUAUUAUUAUUGUUUUUUUUUUUUAUUUUUAUUUUACGUUAUACACGACGACCGGCGUCGUACAGUAAAAAACAGAUACGUAUACACCGACGCACGGAUCAAACGAAAUUACCGCGGAAUUCGAAUUAUACCUACCAAAAAGUGUUACCAUAAUAUUAAAUUUCGGAUCGCGUUAAACGUAAACGAGUAAUCCUGACGCGAGGAUACUGACACGUGUACGCCGUGCGUGCGCGCGCGCGUUUCUAUUAGUAUUAUAUUGUUAUUUAUAUGUAAACACGCAGAGAAUAUAUUAUAUUAUUAUAGGUACACGAAUUCCAUAAAUUAUCGAAAUUCUAUUACGCGGGAAAAAAUGGGUAUUAUAUUUUCGGAUUUUGGCAAAAGUUCAAUAAAAAAACACGGAUCCUAUACGUGUAGGUAUACAUAUUACACAUAAUACACGUGUUUAGCCGUCUAAAACAAUUUUUUAUUCGAAUAAUGUUUAUUCAACGCGUGUAUAAUAUCUAUAAUACAUAAUAUGUACUGUAUAUUAUGUUAAAUUAACAUUUAAAUGGUUGUUUAUUGAUAGAGAAGAAAAAGAAGAAGAAGUAAAAAAAAAAAAAACAACAACCAUUAGCUCGUUUCGAUAAUCCCGCAAACUGAACCGUGUAUUACACGGCUGGUAUAAUGACUAACUAUAUACACUAAACCGACUAAAUUUACAACGAAAAUAUAAUAACGCCGUCAUCGGAGUCGAUAUUUUUCUGUUUUACACGCGCGCGUUUUAUCUGUCACGACGAACUGGUAUAAAUAAUAAUAAUAAAAAAAAAAAAACACUAAACUAUAAUAAUAUAAUAUUAUCAUCAGUGCUCGGAUUUUAUAGCACUGAAAAUAACUGAAAUAUGCGCUGUAACAUGACCUGAAAAAUCUUAAAAUAAGCGCUAUAAUAUCGUGUCCUAAAAUGUUUAAAAUAACCUAUGCCAUAAAAACGUGAAAAAUGGUUAAAAUGAAAAUUUUUUUUUUUUUCAAAUAUCUAAACACAACCGGAAAAAAUCAUAAACGUAAACUGUUCGACGAGUCAAUAAGCAGGGCGGUGAUAAAUUAUAAUAUGAAACGAACACGGAGGUGUUCUUCUUAUGGAUUCUUAUGGAUAUAAAAAUAACGUUGAAAAUUGAACAGUGGCGCUAAAAUACUUUAAAUAAAUAGCAUUGUGAAAUUUCACAUUUGCGGUCCCUGGCGCGUGAAACGAAAUUACAAUGCGCGGUAAAGCUCGCCCCGUCGUUUUUGUCGUUUUUGUCUCGUAAUCCGAACCUUCAGCGGACGCUGUAAAAUCCGAGCCCCGAAUCCGUUGACGUUCUUCUCGCGCCGUUACAGCAAAACAUUUUACUUACCCGUUCGAAACGGCGUCCGACGGUUUUUUUUUUUUUUUCUAUCAAUUUUUUCUCGCUCGACUCACGUGAACUGUUAUCGGGCGCGACGUCGAAACCGCUUUCCGGGCCGCCGCCGCCGCCCGCCACGUGUACACGUGUGCGCAACGAUAUAAAUAAUCACGACGCGUCCCCGGCGCAGCGCUGCAACUGCAACGAUAAUAUUAUUCUCGUUAACCGCGCACAUAAAUCACUGUCCGUUAAAAUUUGUCCGCGUCGCGCGGCACCGCUGACAUUUCGGCCGGUCACCGGCCGCGGCUAACGGUCAAUAAAAUAAAUACCGUAAUUACGCAUAUUGCACCGCGGCGAUAAUUAUUAUUAACGGUCCGGGUCGUUUUAAGACGACGACGAGUCCAUCCGGCCCGGCGCGCGCGUGUACCUCCCGUGUGCGUGCACCGCGAGCGUAAAUAAUUACCGCCGCCGCCGCCGCCGCGUGCGUACUCGCAGGAACCGCCGGCGGUACGUGCGAUCGGUAGGUAUACCACCCCUUACCCUCCCACCCCCCUCCCCCGGUGCAUUCGGAUUUUUUCACUUGUCACCCGCGCUGCUCGGUGUCGCGACACGACCGCCGAUUAUCGCAUUGUCCGCGUUCGAUCCGCGGCCGCGACUGUAAUGGCGAGGAACCCGGAGACUAAUUGCGAUUGAUUGCGGCCGUACGCGCCGCGGUGUACGAUGCGCGCACGUGUAGUCGGCUCGGCAGAGGGACGAAAGUGGACGCGGGCCCGGUAACUGCGGUUGACCGUAGUUUCGUCAACGGCCGAGGAAUCCGACGGGGUACGCUUUGAAAAUAGAAAAAAACCGACAAACGGAAAGACCGAACGUAGACGGAUUGAUUAAAAAAAACGACAAGGAGUUAAGACAUAAUGCAAACGGAUAAUAGUUCGUUCAAAAGAAGAACAAACCGGGUAAAAAAGCUCAAUAGCACGGACGAGAAAACGUAGAGGUCGCGUAUUUAAGACGCGAUAAAACUUAACUAAAAUAAAAUAAAGUAAAGAGGUCGGAGUGAUGAGUAUGCUAAAGAAAAGGACGUAUUAUUCCCAUAAUGUAGUUUUACCUGAAUAAAGACAGAGAGCAACGGAGUGUUGGAAGCGUGUUUUGCAGCGAAAAUGCGCCUCGACGACGUCGAUAGCUGUUAUUGGCGAAAGAAGAAAAUAGGAAUAACGAUUUUUUUUCAUACAGUUUUCAAAACAGAAAACUCCACGAUUUUGUGCACACAAUUUGCGAUUAUUAUUAUGAUAAUGUAAUAUGUAUACAAUAUACUAUAAUCGUAUAAAUUAUGCGUCGUCGCCGCGGAGAGUGUCCAGACAAAUAUAAUGUACAAUGAGUGGGACGAUUAAAAUUAAUUUUUAACACGCAAUUAAGUCGUUAACGUUUUGUUUUUAUGAUUUAUAUUGUAUUUAGACGUUUUUGCGGUUUUUAUCAAGACAAUUAAUCCGAUGUAGUGUACAUAAUAUCGUGUACAUUAUUUUUAUACGGGCGUAUGCGGCUGCAGGUACACAGAAUACAUCAUAUUAUCAUAAAUGUUUGAGGCGCGAACAUAAUAUAAUCGUGAACAUUGUUUUAUGCGAUAAAUACACAAACGUCUCGUGUGUUGACUCGGGAUAUUAAUUCGGAUUAUUAGCGCGGCGUGGAAUUUAUCGCUUUGCAUAGUGUGUCGUGUUUUUUUUUUUUUUUCGUGUGUAUUUGUAAACGACUUUUCCAUAAGAAAGUUCGCUCCGAAUUUCAAGAGUUUAUAGUGUCUUUUCUGAAAGGAAAUGUUUACGCGAUUGGUGCACUAGGAUGUUGUUAUCCGAUUUUUCUUAUAGUUUUCUUAAUAACUGAAAACAAUUGGAAACUGUGGGAAUAAAUGUUUCCUUAAUUGUCGACAUUGUUUUUGGGUUCUGAGCGCGGCGAGGAAUGUAUUAGUCAUACUAUGCUUCGCUAUUUUUAUUACAAUUUUCCGUCUCGUUCUAGUGCAUCCUAUGGAGAUAUUUUUGCUCCAUCGCCAUUAUAAAAGGCUUGUUCUGACUCCUGCCCACGAGCAUGCUCCGCCUCGUUAUUUUCUGCGUUUACUAUAGUAAUUUUAACUACCUACGUAAUAGGACUUCUAAAUACCAUUGAGUUCUUCUUUUUCCGCUCUUGAUUAUACUUUCGUCCUAUUUAGAGUAAUAAAUAACAAUGAUGAUAAUAAAAACUGAAAACCAUCCGAAACUUUCUGGUCGUCCAUACAAAAUUACGCGGGUUUUUAAUUGAUAAACCGAAUCACACAAUCGUAUCGCACCUUUGUGGGAAAGGCGAGAAAAAGACAACGGCCAGUCGUCUAAUAAUAUUGUGAGCGACUGUUAUGAGGGAACGCGAACCGCGCGCGUAUUCACGGACUCUGUCCAAGAUCGGCCCGAACGGUGUGUAUAGAUACGCAACUAGUAGUGAGUUUUCGUUGGCUAAGGACACCGACUCGGCUAACGUUCCCAGCGGCAAUAUCCGAUUUGGUUGAGUUUUUCCGUUUACACUCUGUAGACUUUAUCCGGGCCCGUGGUGGCUUUUCAUCGGCUACGUAGGUAUCGAGCACGUAUUUCACGUUUAGGGAACGAACCGAUCGGGACCAACAACGGGUCGGUAAUGUUUCCCAGUGAAACUCCUGCAACCGAGUAGGUCACGUCUCGAGUACGCCAGUGACGACGGCCGUGCAACACGAGUUAUUAAUACCACACGUGUCUGUGUACGAGACGGGCGAUUUCCAUAGCAUUGUGUACGCCUAUGUUCCGUGUUGUACCGUGUAGUCGGAUGGAAUGCCGUGUACGGUAUAGCGGCGCGCCGAGUUGUCUGCUGCCAUCGUGUGCAUUGGUGGUCGGCUGUCAUGCGCGCGCGGGCGGGGGCAACGCACGCCGUGUAAAAAAAAAAAAAAAAUAAUAAUAAAAUAAUAAUAAUAAAAACGACACGGAAUAUUAUUACUGUUGUUGUUGUUGUACUUGCCGAGUUUACGACCGUCGAGCUCGUACGUGUGUCCGCUAUACGUCGUGCACACCGUAUGUUAUCUGUUUUCUUAACGGCACCGCGGCGUAUGCUGUACGAACGUUACAGGGUACUAACCGCACUAACCUUAUUAUUGCGUCCGCGGACAGUGUCCGAAGCAAAACUGUGAUAAAUCUAAUAGAAAAAUUCCGAGUACAUCGUCGUUAUAGAUCCGGCAAUGGUGCGAGAGAACGGACAAGGUGAUACACAGCGGCGACGUGGCAGGAUUAGGUGUAGCGGGUGUGCGGCGGUUGUGACGGGCAUUUUUAAAGGAUACGAGUGAAAUGGUGGUUUCUUUUUUUCCGUGUACAUCAAAAACGUUUUGAUAGCGACGGGUCCGAGUAUUGGAUACGUUUUACGAAAGAUAUGAAAACAUCCAAAUGGAAGUGUCUAUCAGAAAUUUAGGAUUUGUGGUAUAACCGGGUUGGAUAAGAUUUUGAAAUUCUGCAGGAGUCGGCAGUAAAAAUUUAUUGAGAUGCUGAGAGGAGAAACGAGUUCUUCUUCUGACUCAUUUAUUCUAGUCGUGUCAUUUCCAAACCACCUCGGUGUACUCUCUCUCUCUCUCUCUCUCUCACACACACAUUCAAACACUCGCUGUCAUUUUAUCAAUUAUACCAAAGCAAAUACCUCUCGUCCCUUACUCCUUAUUCCAUUUCUUCGUCUUCUUCACGCGCCAUCGUAAUAUCUCCUCUGAAAACCUCUAAUUCUAAUUAUUUUUGUUGUUCGUAUUUUUUUUUUUUCAUCGCACAGUUUGAAAAUUAUAUCAUAAUAUAACGUUUUAAUAAUGUAACUAACUGUUUGAAUAAUUUCAUGUAUUUUCAUAACAACCCGUCAAUGGUUUCGAAAUGUUGGCGGAAUUCUAUUCAAAAUCGAUAAAUAUUACACGUAUAUAUAUAAAUAUAUGUAUAUUAUAAUAUUAUACAAAACACGUCAUCGCUUCGGUCCUCCGAAAGAAAAACAGCAACGAUAGUUUAUUGCAAUAAACCGUUAUGUCGAAUCGUCUUUUGGGGCGCGAGUCCGACCUGUUUGAAGACGAUUAUUUGUGCAAAUAAUCCCCGGCCCGAGGUUAAUAAAUUCGAAAUCGCUUAAUUGACUAUGUAUAUAUAUAUAAAUGUGUGUGUGUGUAUAUUUUUUUUUUUUCAAUAUUAUUAUCGUAUUCUCGACGAUAAAUUAAUAAAAAUAACACUAUUUAUUUUCGGUCAUUAAAACUACACGAUCCGGUUUCCCGUUCGGGUGACCUCGCCGCGCGCCGCGGGUCGCGCUGGCGGUGUUUCAAGGGUAUAAAGAAGAACGAGAAAGAACCGGGGAGGGGGGGAGAAAAAAAAAUAGAAAAAAACAACCAUAAUCCAAAAACAUUAGCUGUUGCGCCCGUCGAAUUUACACGGCGUUACAGAUGAUGCAAUACGAACGACGUGACGGCGUCGCCGCGUUCCGUGCAGUAUCAACACGGGACCCGUGUUUUCUGACCUCCGUGCACAAAUAUCGAAUUGUAUUGUGCGCACGCGCACCGCACACGCCAAUCGCUAUGUAUAUAGAAAAAAAAAAAACAAAAAAAAAGCGCGUCUUAUUAGUUUACGGCGACGUUUAUAUUAUUAUACAGCGCGGGUGUUGUUUAUUUUUACGAUUACUUUUUUUUUUUUGUUGUUGUCUUUCUGUAAUUCCACAGCCGCCGACCGGCGUUUUUUUAUCCGUUCGGCCCGGGACGCGCGCGCGCCGCGGGAAUUUCCGUGCGAAACGCCGAACAAUAAUGACACCGUCCCGGCGUCGGUACACGCGCUUCGUGUUCGUGUUUAACGGCCGGAUCCAUUCGACCCGGGUGUUCUAUUCCGUUUCCCGCGGACAUUAUUCGAUCGGCCGGACAACAACGGGCGGCCCCGUGCGCAGUGCGUCCUUAGGCGAAUAUUGUAACGGCGGCGGCGUGAUGUGACCCGAGAUUCGGCGGGUUAAUUGACCGAGAUACGACUAUAAUGUCCGUCGACGGACAGUUAAAAAAAAAAAAAAAAUCAAAACGCUACUGUCAAAUUUAUUAAAACUUGCUCGCAAUGCGUACGCGCGUUUCCACUGUCAGCUGUUGUAAACAAAUUACAGUGUCCGCGCGUUUUAUUGUUAUUAUUUCGUGUUAGACUAAUUGUUGCCGUUGUUUUAUCACCGAGUUAUUGCGACGCGUCGUUCGCAUCGCGCGCGAUCAAUUGUGUUUUAUAGUCUUGACGAAAUAGAACACCGUACGAUUAUAUCGACUGUGCGUUGUUCACGCCGAUCACCGUGCAGUGUUUUUAGGUUACAAUAAUGUUAUUAUCUAACGCGGGCAAACGAAUGAAAAUAGUCGAGUGUCUAGUUUUUUAGUUUUUUUUUUUUUUUUUAUUGAUUAGUCAAGUGUCUUAGUCAAACGAGACUUUAGUUAAGUAUUGAAUAAAUAAAAAAAAAAAAGCUAAUAAUAAUCCAAAUGCGAAAUAUGUCGACUUAACUCGGCAACUGAUCAACUGGAGUGGAUUUUAGAUUCUCGGCGCAACGAGGAACAUGCCGCGGUUUUUUGAGUGGUUUUGUCUGUGACCUGUAAACAAAUUAUCUGUUUCAGAAACUCUAAUCCGAUUUUAAACUGUAAGAUCUUUUACGAUAACAAAAUGUAUCUAGUUGGUGCAUUGAUGCGGUUAUCUUUAUAACGUUGGGCAAACUCGGGCGAAUUUACAGCAAUAACCGCGGUUUCGAUUUUGUUUUUCAGCCAGAAAUCUUGCUCCGAAUUUCGUUUUGAGCAUUUUUUUUUUUUCUGAAAGUAAAUUUCGUCAACUCGUUGCGUUGGAUGAGAUCGGUUUUUUUUCUCCGUUAUUUACCUAUUUGUAUACAUUAACGAAAUACCAGACUCGGUCGUGAUGUCGAAUUAUAACCGGACGGCGUCUACCGAAAUUAACUGUAAAAAGUCGAGUUUAUUACGAUAAUAAUUACGACGCCGAUUAAAUUAUAUAUAAUAUACACAGUUGUAUAUUAGUGAAUAUCCAGUCAACGAUAAAAAUAAUUAGCACGUCAAUUAUACAGAGCUUCGAGAAAAAAAAAAAACAAAAAAACCACCAAACGUGGGUAAUUCGCUAUUUACCAUUGCAAUUUUUGCGAACUGUACCAAAACGGUUCGUAUUAUUUUAAUGUUUCCUCGCACUCGCGCACCACGACGACGUUCGAAUCAUAAUUAAACAUUACACACACGUAAUAUGCGAUAUUUUGCGCGUGUGUGUGUGUGUACACGUUGAGUUAUAAAUUAUACUUUUCCCUCGGUAAUUCGUUUGAUAAUAACAGUGAUUAGCGUUAUUAUACCUAACCAAUAACUGUUGUAUACAAUAAUAAUAUAAUGUACUAAUAUUAAUACAGCGAUGACGUGCCCGUUUAAAUAUCAUAAUAAUGGCAUUGUAUGCACGCGCUAAAACAACGUUAUUAUUAUUAAUAUCGCCUGUCGGGGAAAAAAACGAAUUCGCGUAUUUUAUAUUUCAGGGGCGUGCGUAUAUACGUAUGAUAAUAACGCACACCGUGUGUCUAACAGAUUGUGGAAAAUGCUAAUGUACGAUAUCGAUUUUGAUUUCAGGUUUGGAAACAAUGGUCGCGCCGAUAAACGUGGCCGAGAGGAGACGGGACGAGGCGUGAAAACUGCCGCUGCCUGCUAUAUAGCAUCGCCUAAGACAUUUUCGUUUAGACUUUAAUGAAACGGGAUAUAAUUGUAUAUUUGAACCGUUUUAAUUUUAUUAUCUUUACCUUUGCGUACGACAUUGUACUUUUAUAUAAUCGUGACAUUGUACGACAAAAAAAAAAAAAAAAAAAAAAAAAUGUAGACAAAACUAAUUAUUAUUUGUGUUUUGCGUUUAGAAACGAGUUAUGUUAUAAUAUGCUAAAUGCUUAAUAAUCGUACACGAAUAUUGCGUACGUGUAAUAUUCGUGUAUAUUGUGUUUAUUCGAUACGUUUUGCGUUGUUUAUGUGUAGUAUUUCUAUAGUAUAAAGGUGUAAAUGAUAUUUAUGUCCAGUUUGUUGUUAAGUGUAAAAAAAAAAAAAAAAAACAAAAAUAACGAUUUAAGAAAUAUUAAAUUAUAAUUAUUAUUACAUUAUUUUGUUGCUUCGUCGAUACAAUAUAAAAUCAAGAAUAAUAAUAAAAAAAAAAAAAAAAUGAAAAUAAGCGAACUCUUUUUGUAUUAUUUUAUACAGUCGGCCAUACAAUAAUUAUUAACCCCGUUCUACGCCACCGUGUAAACUAUACCCGAUAUUCGGCGUAACAAAAUAUUAUUUUUGUUUUGAAAUGCCUCAGUAAUACCAGCUGAAUUACCCGGCGUUUCCCGCACUAGACCCUUUCAAAACCCAAAUCGAUAAAAAAAAAAUCGAUUUAACCCUGAUCACUCUUAACUCUAUCACAAUUAUUACCCGGUAAUUAAUCUUUUAACGUGCUUACGCAUCUAUCUGUACAUGCGUUGUUUCGUGUAACCAGUCAUUACCUUAGGAACCGAACUCCUACUGUCACGAGCUUUGAUUUUUGGGUGCUCGUCAUACGUAUACAUUUAUGCAACUAUCUGCGUACAACUUUUGUUGUAUGACAAAUAUGCUAUUAUUAUCAAUAUUUUAACAAGAGCACUUCCUUGCUUGCGGUAAUAAUCGAUUUAAAUUACAAUAACUGUUUUUUCCAUCCAUGUUACCAAAGGUAACCUAUAAAUCGACAAAAAAAAAAAUCAUCAUUUUCAUUUUAAAAAGAACCUCCUACCUAGAAUCAAUAACCCUUUAACGGUUGAAUUCCAAGACAAAAAGUAGCUAGCGGUCUUCCUAUUGUUUCGAACGAAAAUAACACGAACGGCGGAAUCACCUGUUGCAGUUUCUACAUAAAUGUCGCGUAAAUUGUGUGGGGGGGGGGCGAAUAAAAUGCCUAAAUAGGUACUGCAUAAUAUCAUGGUGUCUGAUUAGAACGCGCU